AUGCCAAACUAUUUAAUUUCUUACCUCGAAAAUACUGGCUCCCGAUCCACUAGAUAUGUAUCCAUGCCCCAUCCGAAUGAGAGCUCGGUCCUUCCAAAAUUUCUCGAGAAAAGUGAUCCUGAAGUUGCGAGACCAGCUUCCUCAACAUGACCGGUGCAAAAAACUCAACCAAAGGCAUUUGAGGUAUGCGCGUCAAUUCAAAUCAAUCAGCGUAUCAUGACUGUUGGCAGUUCAAACCCACAACCCUACCCCGCACAGGGGUGUUUGUUUGGUCGUGAUACGCUGAUUGGUGGAUUUGAAUCGACGCGCAUACCUCAAAUGCCUUUGGUUGAGCUUUUUGCACCGGUCAUGUUGAGGAAGCUGGUCUUGCAACUUCAGGAUCGCUUUUCUCGAGAAAUUUUGGAAGGACUGAGCUCUCAUUUGUAUGGGGCAUGGAUUCAUAUCUAGUGGAUCGGGAGCCGGUAUUUUCGAGGUAAGAAAUUAAAUAGUUUGGCAUCAGUUCCAGUGUAAAUUGGACUGGGUCACGCACCGGCGGCUGAUUGCUGCCUGCCUUGUCUCCUUCUUUAGUUUGAACCGCUGAGGUCAAAUAUUUAUCUCGCAAAAUAGCGCUUAAAACAGCACGGGACAGCGAAAAAAACAUGACACAUGGCUCAGUUAGCAUUUUCUUCAAACAUUUAUUGAAAAAUUUGCUUUGAAUUCUGCAUUUUGGAACAAAUUAUAGCCACCGUAUUGUUCAUAUGUAUUUCUUCUAUAAAUAACAAAAGAUCAUUGCUCAGAUUUCAAUCAACAACGGCCCCCACUAACAGAGGGUGGUCCGCCUGUGAAAGACCAUGGAAAAUCGUUUUCAUUUGUUCAUUUUGCAAAUAAGUAGCACAAAAACAGGGUUGACAUUGACAAAAUAAUUAUACAGUGCAUGUGAAUGCAACCAGGUGCACAUCUGUGAUUAGCUAUUUUCUUACUUGAAUUUUUCUAGUAACACAAGUGUUAAAACAUUAUGAGAGUACCCUAUGACAGUAAUUUUGAAUUUAUGUCUGAAUACCAUAUUUAUGAUCAGUUCACUUGUCUGAUAUAGAUUGACAGAAAAAGCACUGCAAAAGUUGACUAUCUGAAGGAGGUUGAGGCACAAAUCCAGAAAAGAUGGGCAGAAAACAAGGCAUUUGAAAGUGAUGCUGUUCUCGUAAGAAUGAUGACAUUCUCUUAAAUGAUCAAAUAAAUACUUCAGGGACUAUAUACCCUCUGAUCGAAGGUCAAAAUGUUCUAACUUGCUCCAAUGCAAUACUAAUGCUGGUGCUUUGUAAGUUUCAUGCGAUAGAAGGUCAAAAGAUACAUGAUCAGAUUUUGAAUAACAGAAGGUUAUAAACUUGCAUGAUCAGAUGUAUGUUCUAUACAUUUCAUUCGUUCUUGCUUCUUGGAAAUUCCAAACUAAUGUUGGCUACAAAUGGCCAUACAACCUUGCAUAAAAACAACCUGGAGAUUAGGACUGUGGACUUUUCUGAUCUUGUGACACGCAAUUAUACCGAUAUUGUCUCUGUAAUGAUUGAUUUAUUAUUGUAAAAUUAUUAAUACUUUUUUUUGUUUCUGUAGCCUGGUUCCUCUGAAGCUAAGUAAGUAUUGCAUUGAUCCCUGGUAGUGUCAAAAUAAACAUUAAUUAAAAGUGGCACAAUAGGGUUUUUCCAGCAUCAACAUCUCCCAAGUUUGAGUAUAAACUACGUCGCCAUAUAACAAAGAUUUGGAAAAAUUACCACCACAGCUAUGUUAGGUAACCUUCAAUGCCACCUUGAUGUUUGAGACGUUCACAUCUAAGCAAAAUCUAUAAGAGCCGUAUUGAAACAUUUUGGGAUGAAGUUUUUCUGGUUAGAAAUACAGUAAAAACUGGACAAUCUUGAUGUCCAGCUGUUAUCCAUAGAAACAAAAUGCUUUUGAAAUGCAAUUUCACCUCUUGGUAGUUUUAAUAUAAAUGUUCAUGAAAGAUGAUGGGGAUACCUAGGGAUUGGGGAUUUUUAUGCACUAGAGAUGCAGGAUGAAAAUACAGCGUAAUCACUGUAUGGCACCUUAAUUAAGGAAAUUCUGGUUUAAUCUAGUAGUGGAAUUUACAAAAAACAAAAACACCUUGAUCCAUGUACCUGUAACAGCAAUAAACAUACUUGAGCCCCCGGGUCGGCGGGGGGGGGGUCACUUUAGGAAUUUCUGGGUGGGAAUGUGCCGCUGGGACCCUGGGACCCUGGGACCCUGGGACCCUGGGACCCUUGGACCCUUAACCUAUACCAGAGCUAGUUCAGCUGAAUUUUGCUACCCUAUACUAGAGUAAACUCUCCAAAUCCCCCCUAUCCUAGAGUAGCUGUUUUCCAGAAACUAGUGAGGUCACCAGCACAUUAAAUUAGUCUAGCCAAAACAAAACCUCAUACCACAAUCCCUAGUCUAGAUAAAAUCUUCAGCCAACUGAUCCAUUUCCUGAAAAAUGAUUCCCAAUUCUAGACCCAAAUGCUCUGAUUUAUAUACCCUAUCCUAGAGUAAACUGCUUGAAAACCUUACCCUUCACAGUGGCACAUACCUAUAUAGCCCACAUAUGGCAGUACCCCCCCCAUGACUUGAGCCACAUACACCUGUCCUUGUUUGUUGAAAUGUUACACAUCAGUAACAUUGAAAUUAUACAUGUGCAUGUAGUUUCUUUUUUUCUUGUUUUUUUUCUAAACUACAGUGUUUGUACAGGAUGUUAAAUAGAAUGUAAACACGGAUGAUUAAUUGAAUGAAUUGAUUGUUAUUUGCAGUAAGGGGAAGUUUUUUGUCACAUUCCCCUAUCCUUACAUGAAUGGAAGACUUCAUCUGGGACAUACAUUUACUCUUUCAAAGGUGUGGUAGGAUAAAAUUAUGGAAAACUUUUCAUUUAUUUACGAAUCUAGGAGGGAUUAGUUUAUUGUUUACAAGUAAAAAGUAUAUAUAUACUGGUAAGAUGGGUUACUACGCACAGUAUUCAUUUUAGUAUGCAUGUAUAUUUAUCCUUCCUUUUUCAACAAACGUCUUCAUAAUAAAAUCCAGUCUGAGUCAAAAUGGCUCAGAAAUCCUAUAUGAGUAGCAUGUGGAAUUGUAAACUUUUCUUGGCUGUUGUUUGCUACUUUUAUGUUAAAAUCUUUUUACACAAAGAAACACACUUUCAAAGUUAGAGUUUAAUUACACUGUAAUUAAUAUUUCAUUUUAUUUUGUAAACUGCCUUGCAGUUUUCCUGCAUUUCUCUGUGAGGAAAGCUUGUUUAUUAUGUGGCUACAAUAGUACACGUGCUCUGAUUGGCUGCUAAGCAGGCAAUAAUUAUUUUCUUGUAAUGACUGGGCAUCACUAGCUACAAUAUUGUAGGUGUCUAAGACAAAUACAAUAUGUUUUUUAAACACAAAACUUUGUAGUGGAAUCCAUAUUAUGGUCAAUUGACAGCUGUCAAAAAAGGCUAUCUGCUGACCAGUGUGACAUGAGUAUAUCAUGGGCUCAAGUGUACAACUCAUUGAAGUGAUGUGUCUUUUAAGUUAUCCACUGACCAGUUAUUGGUUAUUGUUUGUGGGCUCAGGUCCAAAAUUUGUUUUUGUCAAAGGAACUUUCUUGUGGUUUCGAUCACAUCACCAGGUUCUUUCUUUUCAGUAAAGACAACCUUGAAUGACCUCAGCUUGUAUGCAUGGGUGUUGAAAAUCACUUUGUGUGUUUUUUUAUUGUAAUCAUUUAAGAAUAGUGCUAAAAAGGCAAUAUUAUAUAUAACUCACUUAUUAACCUUGUCUGCUUGGUCAUUACAGGGAAAUCUCAGACCUCAGCCUUGAUGUAUUGACCUCGCUAUUAUACCUGCCAACUCUCACGCCUUAGGCGUGAGUCUCACGCCUGCGGGUUGAAAACUUCGAUCUCACGCCGGCUCAUGCCUGCGGGCCAAUUUCUCACGCCUGAUUGAAAAAUGUGAGUUGUUGCCGUCCUGCUUGACACAAUUUCCAAAAAUAUGUUAACUCAGACCCAUGUAAGGAACGAAAACCAUGUGUAAAAUGAAUAAAUGGCAAACUGGGAGCGAGCUCGCCUUUGGCACACUUGGGCAGACUUCGGACGUCUUCGGAAGACUUCGGACUUCUUCGGGAAUCCUCGGAAAUGAUCGUGUCGUCUUCAAAAAUCCCAGCACUCCCAGGAUAAAAAUCUCACGCUUAUAUCUCAGAAAAAGUUGGCAGGUAUACGCUAUACAUCAAGGCCUCAGUCUGAGAUUUCCCUAAGGUUAAUAAGCAGUGUGUAUUGCUCCAUAACAAAAUAAAUUAAAUGAUAUUAUUAUUGUUUUGUCCUUACCUGGAACUUCCCUUAUAUUUUAACUGUGUUUUACUCUAGCUAGUGCAUUCUAUUGUGCAUGACAAUUCAAUGCUAUCAAGAAUAAGUUUUAUUUUUGUUUCUUUUCAUGAUCAAUUCUGGUUGUCCACUUGUUCAUGGGUUCCUUUUAAAGGCUGAGGUGAGAAUUUACUAUAAUCUGCUUUAGUUCCUUGAUUAACUGCAAGGUAUACUCAGCAUUGAUAUUAAGGGCUUUCAAUUGUGACUGACCAUUUUUUUGCUAUGCUACUUCUGGUUUCUCAGUGCUGAUGUCUGCAUGCGUAAUGAGUGCAAAAGUUCCAUACUCUUGACAUGUCAUAACCCAGAUCUGGGGUAUUUUGGCCAUUAGCAUGGAGUUUCUGCACUCAUUCCUCAGACAUUAUUUUGCAGGGAAACAAAUGGUGGCCUAAUCACAAAAUGUUGGCUGUUUUCUUGAGCUAGCCAGCCCCAAGGUUGAAUACCAUGGUUGGCAAAUCCCAACAAUCCAGCUCCAACUCACCAGAUACCAGGUUCAUGUCAUACAGGUUAAAUUAUUAUUACAACAUGAGGUGUAAGUUGGGUUGGGGAAAUGCAUAAAGUCUGCACUGCUACUCGACUAUUGUGCAAAGCCAUUUGGAGACUAAAGCUACAGGUUGUAUUCUUGCCAUGGUCAACAUUCUAGAUACAUGAGCCUGUCCUUUUGUAUAGGGCUGCUUACCGUGGUCUUUAACUUUAUCAGAUUGUUUCAGUAACAUGUUCUAUAAGUUUUAAAAUUAAUAGAUGGAAAAAAUAAAUAAGAGUUGUUCUACAAAGUAUGUAGUUGUAGAUGCUAAUAGAUUUGCAUUAAGUUAGGUUUACUGUCAUUAGUUACUUUAACUCAUUUAUAAAUUUGUGUAUUAUUUUAUACAUAAUUUUUUUGUCAGUUUGCUACUGGUUAUGAAAGACUGAAAGGAAAACGUUGCCUGUUUCCCUUUGGUUUGCACUGUACAGGAAUGCCAAUCAAAGUAAGUCUUUGUUCAUGAUUUAUUGGAAUGGUCAAAGCAAAACUAUGUUAAACUUACAGUUUUUGUGGACUGUAAAUUAACUCAGCGGUUUAUUUUCUUUAAGUUGCUAAAUUUUCAUUUCAAUAAGCUAGUUUUGAUGGAUAAACAGGUUACCUGUAAAUCUGCAUUAUUUUUUAUCAUCUAUGUAUCUAAUAUAGUUAGAGUGAGGACAUUCCUGUCUUUCAAGAACUGUGAGACAUUGAUUCAUGCACGUGUACCGUCAAAGUUAGAUUAAUGUGAUUUUCUCCGGUCUGGUCUUUCACAAAACCAGUUUCAGAGGUUGCAGUAUGUUCAGAACUCUGCUGCAUGUGUAUCCUUCUUCCUGGUACUAGGAAUGAAAUAUCACAGCAUUAUAUUACACUCAUAGCUGAGAGAAUUACAUUGGCUUCUAGUGGUCAAGGAAAUUGAUUUUAAAAAUGUUGCUUUCACCAUUUAUCGUAAGUCUUAAAUGAUGUAUCACCUGUUUAUUUUCUUGAACUCUUUUUGUUGUGUUUUCUAUCAAGAACAUUGUGCUCAAGCUUCUAGUAAAUCUUUGCUUGUAACUCUCAAGAUAAAUUAUGUGGUCAAAGCACUUAAUUUUUCGUACGUGGCACCAAUACAGUAAACACCCACUAAUAAGAACCUACUUUUUUGAAGUCUUGCAAAAUAGGUUCUUAUAUUUUGGGGUACUUAUCGGCAAUUUAGGCUGGCUAAGAAGGUUCUUUAUUAGGUUCUUAAUUUUUAUGAAGGAGAUAAUAGAUUAACUGUUGAUUAGGAGAAAAAUAAAUAUACAUUUCAUUUAUUCACAAUUAUUGUAUUAUCAUAACCCUAACAAAACUGAUUACUGAAUAUUAUGUACAGUUUAAUGCAGCAUGUUCUUGUUAUUCUUAAAUUUACAACUCAAAGUUAUAUCUGCUUGAUCUUACUUUGCUAAACAGGUUCUUGUAUUAAAGUAGGUAUUUGAGUAUUAAAGUGGCAAAUUUCUGCCAGGAGGUUCUUAAUUUGCAGGUUCUUAUUAGUGGGUGUUUAUACUGUAUUAUGGAAUUAUUUUCUGGAGGAAGACUUUUAAAUAUAAUAUUUUAAGCUUAACACAUUUUUGACAUGGAAUUGUAACAUAGUUUUCAUUAACAACUGCAUUGCUUAUUGGAGUUGGGUGCCCCGGGAUGUCCAGGGGCUUCCAUUUUUGGCAAGCCGCCAGCAGCCCCUAGACAGAGUUACAUCCCCAUGGCUGGUAAACCUGCACCUUCCACCCAUUAGCCCCCAUGCAAAUGGAAGCAGGCACCUGUCACACUCAUUUAUCAGUGGAAAAAUAAAAGGGGGGAGGGAUGGGGAGAAAUGAAUGGUCCAAAGGCUAAACAAGGGGAGUGGCUUCCAGGAAACACUGUACGAAUAAGCACAUAAAGGUACUGCACUGAGCACUGACUGACAACACAGAAUGGCACUCUUUUUUGUUUACUGUGUUAAAUUUCAUUUAACGUCUUUGUAAUAAUGUUUUACCAAUGAGCACACCACAUGGUUUUUACACUUGACAGCAAUCAUUAUUAACAGUUUAGUUUCAGUUUGUGCUUGCACUGACAGAAUUCUGAUUUAUUUCUUCAGGCUUGUGCUGACAAGUUAAAACGUGAAAUGACUGAAUUUGGAUUUCCACCCAAAUUCCCUGUCAGUGGAGAAAAAGAGGAAACAAAGCAGGUAACACAAAAAUAACUAAGAUACUACGGGUACUUUGGGUUGAUUGGUUAAGAGGUUUGUUUGUAUGAGAGUAUGUCAACACCAGUUAUUUUUGUAGGUAUGCUGCACUGCACAAGGGACCAUACAAUAAAAUUGUCAGGGGGGGUUGUAAAAUGGGAGUGUGGGGUGGGCAGAGUGUAAAGUAAUAUGCUAAGAGAGGGCAAUGAGAAGAGGUGGUGAUAUCAAAUUAUUUUUCAACUACAAUUUAAUUGUCAGAGGUUCAAAAUAUGAGAAACUGACAUCAUGUUUUUAAUUAGAAAAAAUUUUAAUGGUUAAAAGUUACUAGGAAAUAUAGCAGAGGGCAUCAGGGACCAUUCAUUAUUUAUAUAUAUGGAGAGUGGGUUGGGAAAAAAGCUACCGGGCUUUGGAAUUUUUUCUUCCUAAGUCAAAAUAUUUAGAAAAGUAUUACUUUAACCCAUUCGCCCCUGAACCGCCCGUAACCGCCCAUGCAGAUCCAGAUCCUUUUUACCCAUUGUGACGUCAUCAGUUUUAACGGUCAAGGACAACUUUCUUCGCUAACUUGUGCAGAGUGAAGAGAUCUUUCAAACCAUACCAGAAUGAGCACAAUUUGGUCAAGGACACCGGAGAAACAAGCAAAAAACCACCUGACAUUGACCUGAAAAUCUCCAUGAAAAUCUUGUUCCAUUACCCACCUACCUUUCCUUUCACCUAAUCCUAAGAUCCUAAAAGCUUUCCUAAAAACUCUUCCCACCAAAAUGAAGCCUACUAAAUGCCCAGCAAGAGAAAAAAAAAUGAGGCAAGAAAAGCGAAAAAAGAAGGGAGGAGAGAAAGCAAAAAGUAAAAGUCAAGACUGCUGUGUCACUUCGAAAUUUUGCUUUCUGCACAUGCCCGAACUUCGCAAGCUGAUAUUUUGCAUCUGGAUCAGAAGGCCGCGAAGUGUUCGACCUGUAAACCAGUUUGUGGUAAGUUUUAGCUCUUUAUAGCACGACAGUGACCAGAAAACCACUUGACUAGCUUCAAAACGCAUUUUUCGGCAAAAUCUCCAGGAGCGAAUGGGUUAAUAAUUAUGAGUUCCUUGAUCAACAAGGAAUGCAUUCAUGCUUAAUUUGAAUUCAUAGCAAAAGCGUGUAACAGAUGCAAGUGCAUCUUGAUUAUUAUUGUAGUAUGUAAGAGUCUGUAUUCUGUACCAUGUUUAAUUAAUUAACUAAUUAAUUAAUUUUAUUUAUUUAUUUGCCACACAAAAGUAAAAAUACAAGAAGUAUAAGAUGCAUGUGAUAAAAGAAAUGGAAAUGGUGAGGAGGAGACCUCAUAAAAAAUAUGUAAAGCUUAUGAGAGAUUAGGCCUCUUCGAACAGGCUGUAGUUGCUUACAUCAAGUAAAGCAAAAGAUGUCGUAAUUAGGGGUUUGGUAGUGGAGGCAUUCAGAUAAGAGAGUCAAGACAAAAUAUCGUCAUGAAUUUUUUUCUCACAGAUGAAAAGCAAAAUUGCUGCAAAAACAGGUGGUCUGGAAUAUCAGUGGCAGAUCAUGCAGGCUUUAGGCUUAAGUGAUGAGGAAAUUAAGAAGUAAGGACCUCUUUUUCUUGCAAUAAUUAUUCAACCAUGUGCAUGUGUUGAGGUUACAGCCUCUACACAACCGAGUGAACUUCAGGAUAAUGUUGCCAUCAGUUUGAAAAAAAAUUCCUACAUUACUGGCGAAAAAUAAGGGGAUGAUUUUAAUUUCGGUCAAAAAUAAAACCAUGCAAAAUUUUAAGUCUCCAAAGUUUUUACAAUACAAUAAAAAAAUUUUAUUAACGAACUUACUUGGGGGAGGCUUUACCAUGCAAAUUCAAGACCAGUAUAUAUGGAUGGUGACAAACAAGAUGGAUAUAAAGGUCUCUGACAUGGUGCAGCGGGUGGAUACAAAAAUAAUCAUCAUUGAGACAAAAUAUUGAUGACAACAAUAGGAGGUUUCUUUGUCAUGGCAAUAAAGGCAAUAAAUAAAAACAACAUGUUUUCCAACCGAAGAGCUCAUGAGGGAAAGGUGAAUGUUACCAAUAUUUUUUAUUGAAUUGAUUUCAGGUUUGCUGAUGCUGAUCAUUGGCUACAUUAUUUCCCUCCUUUAGCGAAAUCAGACCUCCAAUGUAUGGGACUUAAGGUAGGCCAACAAAGUAUUCAUACCAUAAAAGUUGAAAAAUUAGUUCUUUUAAGUAGAUUAUACUGGUUUUAAGUGUGUUUGCAAGUCCUCAUACUUCAAUCCCCCUAAUUCAAAGCUCAUAACAGAUGCAAAUGGAGUACAUUGUAAACUUUUAAGUGUGUGAGAUGGGAGCUUUAAAUAUGUAUAGACUUUCUAUGAACUUUUAGGAUCCAUCAUCGUGUAAUCUUAACGUAUGUGUACAUGCACAUUAAUUUUACUCACAAAAAUAGAGGCAAGUUAUAAAGUGUCAAGCUUAAACGUGAAGUUGAGUGAGGUUCAACUUUUAAGUUUAUGUUUGACUUUUCAUACAUUGCCUCUAUUUUAUAUGUGAAAGUAAAUUGUAUGCAUGUAUACACGUAAAAAUUAAGUUAAAUUAAAUCCACCCUUGGAUAUUACAGAUGUACAGUGAAUGUCCACUUUAACAAUAAUAAUAAGUUACAGCUAUGAUAUGAAGUUUUUUAAGUAUUUUAGUAAUUGGAAUUCCUAAACAGGACUUCAAUCAGGUUUAUUCUGAUGCUUUUGCAAAUUAUUUGUUCAUUCUAUAUGUAAUUUUGACUGAAAAGCAAACUUUUUACUUAUAUUAGGUGGACUGGAGACGUACUUUCAUCACCACGCACGUCAAUCCAUAUUAUGACUCAUUUGUUAGAUGGCACUUUUGGACUCUGAAGGAUCGUGGUAAAGUCAAGUUUGGAAAAAGGUAUUUAAUACACUAACAUAAUUAUGUUAGCUCUAACAUUAAAUGAAUAAGAGACUCUAGACUUUCAAAAAAGUCCUUCGUCGGAUUUAAUAUGGUGCGGGAGGAAGGUGAAACUUGUGAGGUCGACUUUUAGCAGGUCUGAAGAGACUCCCUCUGGUAGAUUUUCUUGCUUAGUAUAAAUUGUGUUUAAAAAUCAUAUCCUCAGUAAAAAAAAUGCAUAAUUUGUCUACUGUUUAUCAACUUGACUUUAUACCUUGGUCAGACAAAAAUACAACUAACAGAAUUUCAUCUUUUGAGUUGUUUGAAAAAGUACUGAACAAUGUGUAGCUACUGGAAAUAAUAUUUCUGAGGCAAAAUGUUUUUAAAGAUAUCAUUCACUAAUUUGUGUUAUUAUAAUAUGGGAAAGUUCUUGGCAAUUUUUGUUAAUUGUUGUGUUUGGAGAAUUCCUGAUGAAACAGAUUUUCAAAUUGGUGGGAGGUAGGGGGGUCGUGAGUUAUGUAGGUUACUUGAAGCACCACACAGUAUUCUUUUUUGAAAGAAUACUGCGUAGCUUAAGCUUAGCCAAUUGUUUACCCAUAUCUUUAAAUUUGAUAGCUUUUGUCAGCACUUUGCAAAAGGCAACCCAAAUGAAGUUUUUCAUGGAUAAAAUAAUUGUUAAUGGCUAUUUGCUCAAUUGAAUUUUUUCAUAUCAGGUACACAAUAUUCUCACCCAAGGAUGGUCAACCCUGCAUGGAUCAUGACAGACAGACUGGAGAGGUAGGCCUGAUCCAUAUGAUUUCAUCACUCUAUAUGGAACAAUGUUAUAGUAUAUCUGUCAUCACUUUUUCUUCUUUAUACCUGUCUUGUACCUACAUGCAUCAAUUUGAGGUUUGCCAGUAUUAAUUCUUUACUGCAUACCAGCCAAUAGCUAUAACUGUGGCAUUAUUGUCAUGAUAUAAAACAAAGAAGGUGGUUAAAACUUUUGCUUACAAUUAAUUUAUUUCGGCAACUUGUGUCUAUCUGCAGUUCUUUUGACCCUUAGCCUAGUAGAAAUUUUUUAACUUAUGACCUCAAUUAAGUUUGUACUGUAUUUAUUGCUCCUUCAUGUCAAUUACCAGCAUGUUUAUCCCAUUCACCACACUGGGCAUUUGUCUUUUUCCUUCACCUACAACAGAACAAACUGCAAAUGCCCCAUGCUGGAUCCAACCAUUGAUACAAGACAAAAGGCAAAUUAAUGCUAGACAAAUGGCAGGGAGGGGAGGCAGAGGGUGGGAAAUGGGUAUGCUUAGAUUGACUGAACCAUAUUAAAAAAAAAGAAGGUACUGUUACUGUUUUGAAAACUGUUUUUGACUGUUUUUGUAUCUUUUUUAACUGAUCAAUAUGAAUGAUAACUGUGGUGAACAAUUUUUUUUUUACAUUUAUCUUAUUUUUUGUGCAAGAGUUUUUUUCAAUAUGGUGUAUUCAUUUGCAUACAGAUUAAUCAUUAGGUGAAUCAAGUCAUUCGCGGACAAUUGUUGUAAAAGCCAUUAGUUUAGAUGUAUUGAUGUCAUAUACGCUGUUAAUUUAGCUGUGAGCUGGAACUAAUGUAAUUUUGCUUCAUGUUGUUAUCACAUUUCUCACAAGGGCGUAGCACCGCAGGAGUACACUGGAAUUAAAAUGAAGAUUUGUGAACCAUAUAAAGGAAAACUCAGGUAUAAUUUGUUAUGCAUUUACAGGCAGUGUUAUUCCUACAGUAAGCACUUUCUUCAUGUAAUUGUUUGAUAAACUUGCAGACCAAUUAACCCACUACUUGUUUAUCGGAUCACUGACAGACUAUGGACCUGGGCUCUUUACAUGGAGGGAGAAUUAUCCUUGCUCCAGGAAGAUCCUAGAAGGCGAAUCAUCUUAUCGCCACAUAUUUUCUGUAUUCAGUUUACAUGCUAAGCUUUACACUUGUGCCUAGCGCUGGCAUCUUCCUAGUACUAGAAUAUUCUUAGCUGAGAGGAAGGGAGAUACUAGCACCAUGUUGCUAGGAAGACCCUUUUUAAGUAUUAAGGAUAAUCCGGACAAGCGGAUGGCUCAGUGGAUAACCAAAACAAAAAAGCCAACAAUUUCGUUUGGUGCCCCCAUUUUGUAAAGAACUUCCAUCCACUGCUGAAAGUUAGUUAUUAAUGCUCGUGAAGAAAGUAGAGGGGCCUGAAUUACAUCUUUGCUAUUGUCGCCUGCCAUCUUGAAUUACUUUUGUACUUGUUAAUGACCUGGACUAAAAUUUCUGUAAGUAACCCGACAAAAAGUUGUUUCUUCCUUCAAGGAUGUCCCUGGUGCUAGGAUCGUCGUCCCUCCAUGCAUAUACACAGCCCCUAAUCAUGCUAAUGCACACUUUUAAACUACCCAAUUGUCUAACUGAUUGGAUGACCAGCAACUGACUCACAAACUGACUGCGUGGCUGACUUUUUACCCAGUUGUGACUGACUAUCUGACCUAAAUGAUUAUCAUUAUUAACUUGGUUGGAUGACUUUCUUACUGUCUCAAUCUGUCUGACUGACAGAUUAAUAAAGUUUAUUGUAUUGUUUUGCUUUGCAUUGCGUUGUGUUGCGUUUUGUUGUGUUGGGCUAUGUUGUGUUUUGUUGUGUUCUGUUGUGAUAUAUUGUAUUGUUUUGUAUUAAUUAAUUAGGUAACAGAAUAGAUUUAUCAGUCUAUUAACUAAUGGAAGUUUUGGUUGACGACAUGGUUCUUUGUUACAUUAUCAGUGCCUUAACAGGAAAGAAUGUGUUCCUAAUGGCAGCAACACUGAGACCAGAAACAAUGUACGGGCAGACAAACUGCUGGGUUCAACCAGACAUUACGGUAAGAAUAUUAUUAUUAUUAUUAUUAUGUUGUUAUUUGUACACCUUGCAUUAACUCUUUUAGAAAACGAUACAAUAGGCCGUUUCACAGUUGUGUGUUCAGUGCCCUGGCCUUUGAAUGGAAGCAAGGCUGGCAGUGACCUUGUUUUGUUACAAACCUUCUUGUUUUUCGUAAUAUGUAAAUGAUCAUGUUCAUGGGCUUGUUAGCAUGAGAACACUACGAUUUGAACGUGAAAAGUAGGAAGGUUUGUGACAAAACAAGGUCACGGCCAGCCUCGCUUCUAUUGAAAAGCCAGGGCAAUGAGCACACAACUGUAAAAUGGCCUAUUUCACAUAUGGCAAGUAGGCGAUAACCACUGUUAAUCUGGAUGAGUGAACAUACCUCAACAAAACAUGUCAAUUUGUUGUUGUUUAUCCUUUCCAAAUCUGCCAGUGUUUAGCCUGUUCCAAGCGUUGAGAUAAUGGCGUAGCCUGAGUGUCAGGCCCUCCUCCGAGAAAAGCCUGAUCUAAGUCUAAGAAUCAAUGGCGCGAAAUGUAGAGCAGAGGAAAUAUGCAGAAGAAAGCUGCUGCCCUCUCAGUCUCACCACUCCCACUCCCUCCUGCUCAUUUUUCUUAGUGCUGUCCCCCACUAUCUGAGCGCCUGGAAACGGCUACCCACUGUUUGGCAAACUAAUCUUUACCUUGCUCUGCUGCCAAAAAUCUAAACCAUCAGUUUAGUUUUAUGUCUGAAAAUUUUCAUGAAAAUGUUUUUCCCUCUUUUCCCCUUUUGUCUAUAAGAGCAAAGGUGAUAUGAUUUCUCUUUUGUAUAGGACACUAAAACUUCCCCAAAUAAAGCUUAAAUUUUUAUUUUCUUUAUGCAGUAUAUCGCCUUUGCAACGAACAUCGAUAAUGAAGUUUAUAUUAGCACCCGACGGGCAGCGAGGAACAUGUCUUACCAGGGUUUCACCCCUAACGAGGGCGUGGUCAAUGUUCUUCUUGAACUGACAGGUCAGGUUAGUACAUGAAAGCGAUGAUAAACAUCUUCAUUUAUAGUGGUCCACCUACUGUAGACAAAAGGGAAGGGAAGGACUGCUGAAAAUGGAAGAGCCAGGUUUCACCAAGGCUUGUUGGCUUCAUAUUUCACCCACGAAAAGGCUAGGAGUAAAAGCAUUACAAAAAUCUAGAUUUGAAGAGAAAGUUCUUCAGUAUGAAUUAGACGUAAGGGAUUUGAAGAUCCUUUUUUUCAGAGACUUCAUCUUUCCCUUUGAGGGGAGGGGGAUUUGUUCGGCGGUGGGCGGAAACAUUUUCAAAUAUUUGAGAGAAGAAAUCAAUGCAAUCGAUAUAUUUUACAAAACUGAAUCUAAGAAUGUUUGGCUGUUUAACACAGGACCAAAUUUGCAGACUCGGAAUUUGUUUAUUAGGUCGGUUCGGCAAAAAAGGAUAUCAAAAAGGGCAGGUAAUCCUCAAUUAAUUUACUCCGGUGUCUUUUUUAUAUUAAUGAAAAAUGUUCUGUACAGUCAAACCCUGUUAAUACAGACACUGAAGGCACCACAGAAAGUGUCUGCCGGUAUUAAACGGGUCAUGUUAUUAAAGUAAAAAAAACCCCUUUUACUAUAACAAAAUACCAAAUUAAACUUCUUUAACCUUCACAAAGUCGUUAUUACGCGGCUUAAGUCCACGGAAACACUUAAAAAUUGCUCAUUUAUGGUAUUACGUAAUCACAACCCUUUUUGCAUAACUCGUUUGAAGCCAAAAAUUGACGUCUACAAAUCAUCCUAUCCGGUGUUUAAUAGCCCUGGGAACAUUUACGUGCCGUCAACUGAAGGAUUUUUUACCAAUAAAAAGCAAAGGUCUAUUACAGCACGCAGUUGAUAAUGAAGUGUCCGCAUUAGCGAGGUUGACUUUCUAUGAGAAUUCGUUGAUUGGGCAAGAAAUUAGUGUGGGUUGUCCUCAUUAACAGGUGUUCGUAUCAAGCGGGUUAAAUUGCGAGAUAAUGUAAGGGCUAUCCCUUGGGACAAAGAAAAUUGACCGUAAUAACGAGGUGUUCGUAACACGGGGUUCGACGGUAAUUAAAGAGUUUUGUUUUGCUCCUUGAAACUUUUAUUUUUUGACGUUUUUGCGGUAGUUUCUUUAACCCCCCAUUGUUCAAUUAAAAAACCUCUCAUUCCUGUUUCAGCGUUAAUUUUGUGUUGCAGGACAUUAUGGGUAUUCCUUUGGAUGCCCCCCUGACACAUCACAAAGUAGUUUAUACUCUUCCCAUGCUGACAAUAAAAGAGGAUAAAGGUAAGAGUUGUACAACAGCAGCUCCUGUCAAUCCCGCGGCGUCACCGCUAGGUUACCAAGGAGACAAACUGUCAAAAGAGGAUUGUUCUUUUAACGGCUAAAAGCUUUUGUGAAUUUGUUUCGCCACCUAAGUUAUGUAAUGGUUAGGCAUUUGAAAGGUGUAAGUACAUAUUUUGUUGUCUCUGAUUCUCAGGUACCGGUAUUGUGACGUCAGUCCCUUCAGAUGCUCCGGAUGAUUAUGCAGCACUUAGGGACGUGAAAAACAAACCGGUCAGUGAUUCAAUACCCAUUAACAACAACAGCCUAAAACAACAAAUUACAGAGAUAAUAUAUGAAAAACUCUUAGACUGAACGAUUUCGAAAAACCCAAUUGCAGUCCGUUUUAAUCUUCUUCUAUUUGUCAAUGCGUGUCUUCUUUUCUGUUUCCACUCAAUUUGGUGGCCAGUUCCUGUGUUAUGACAAGGCUCCUUUACGCAUAAGUGGCAUCGGACGUUUGCCCUCAAAGACUCCCCAGGGAGCUGCCAUGAAUUUAUCCUGACAGCGAGAUGUCACUUUCAGCGUUUGUUUCGUUGCUUAGCAGGUCCAUUGGUAAUUGACACUUUCUAACUGCCAAGUUAUCUCUGUGAAAGAGUAUCAGUGUUUCCCCACUCCCCAGCCAAGGGUAACGGAACUUUACCGAACUGAAACGGUUUUCAGUAUUGCACGACUGCUUUCGUUUUUUAUUCCUACACUGUCUUAUUGGCAAAAUAUUCUUGCGCCACUUUCGAUUUAACCAGUCAAAAGUAAAUCCGCCACGUCUUGCUCGCACUUUGGUUUCAUUAACGCUACUCACCGGAAAAGUACUUCAUAGGGUUGUAUAGAGUCACGCCCUGCCACUCCACUGACAGUAAAUCAUUCUUGUUUUGUAAUUGAAUUUCAAGGCUUUUAGACAGAAGUACGGUAUUACAGAUGAAAUGGUCCUUCCUUAUGAGCCUAUUCCAAUCAUCCGGGUACCUGGUUAUGGAGACCUUUGUGCGGUAAAGGCCUGUGAUGACCUCAAGAUAAAGAGCCAAAAUGAUAAGGACCUUCUGGUGGAAGCCAAGGAACUCACUUACAAAAAGGGUUUCUAUGAGGGAACUCUCAUCAUCGGGGAAUUUGCUGGGCAGAAAGUUCAGGAUGUAAAAAAACUUGUGCAACAGAAAAUGAUGGACAGCGUAAGUGUGCAUCGGAUUUUAAUACUUCUGUCUUUUGCCAUAAACGCCAAAAAUCGGGCUAUUGAAUGCUGUGUUUCAGUGUUUUUGUUCGUUCAUUUACUUAAGUAAGGAAACAGAAUCUGGUAACAUUUGCACACAACACUCGAGCCCUGUUCUGUCGAGUUGAAUCUUUUGAUAAAUUUGUUCCCUAAAUCAUCAAAUUUUCUUUGGAAAUUACAAAUCCUUUGAUUGCUUAUGUCUUCAGGAUGAGGCAAGGAUUUACAUGGAGCCAGAGAGAAAAGUAAUGUCUCGAUCCGCGGAUGAGUGCGUUGUUGCCCUGUGUGAUCAAUGGUAAGGCAAACGUAUGUUUACACGGGAAGGAGAAUGACUGUACAUCAAGUCCUUGUGCGAAGCAUUUUACACCCUUUUCGAUUCAGUUGUGUGGAACUUUUAUCACACUUGGUGUCCAGCUUAGGUUAAAUAAUUCCUGGCGCAGGUGUGCAGUGUGAAAUUUAAAUUAUCUCGCUUCAGAAUCGGCAAGAUUUCUCAGUCUCAAUCUUUCCACGGAAAGAGUUCUGCGUCAUUGUUAACAUGCGAGGAUUACACGGUGUUGUUUUUUUUCUCCCUCUGUUAGGUUUUUAGAUUAUGGUGACGAACCCUGGAAAAACACGGCGCGGGACGCCUUGAAAGAUUUAGAAACGUAAGUACAAAUAUAGGAGGAAGGGUGUCCGAUUGGUUAGAGCGCUGGACUUGCAAUUCGGAGUUCCCAAGUUCAAGUCUCGCCCUGACCGCUGGUUGGAUAUGUUAUGGGUAGUCUCGAGUUCAAAUCCUCGGCCAUGCUUGCGAAAGCCUCUGGCCAUUUGGGAUUCUUAACUCUGUUAAGUUUGAUUUAAAUUAUUUGUUUCAGGCAUUUGCUCGGCCCCACUAGCAUAAAUGCUAUAAAUGCUGUCGAGGGUAAAUGACGCAAUUAUUACUAUUAUUAAGUAAUUUUCUGAGAUUUUAUCAGCACGAAAACUAUUGCGGCUAAUGCCUUCAUUCGCUAAGCAAAUCAAAUCGCUUUUAUGGCAGUUGGGUUCUGCCCUUUGUUGUGACGUGUUAAUAAUGAGUGACUUCAGACAACUUAAAUAUUUGCUCUCUUUUGUUUGUCGAUAUCAUUCGAUCAGCAAGCGGGAGAUGAUGAACAAACAAGAAAAACAAAAAACAAAACGAAUGGAAAAUAAGAAAUGUCCUAUCGUAUAAGAACAAGAUUCCAUUCAAAAAAAGUUAUUUAUUUUUACCCUGUGAUUCGGCUGCGGUAAAAUCCUUUUUAAAGUCGGUUGCUUUCUGAGCUCGAAUUCAAAGCGAAAUCUUAAUGGGAGUUGUUUUUAGUGGAAUAUAUCUUUAGAGCUCUAAGUCUUUUACGUUUCUUACUACUGAAUGGUUCUGAAUCUGUGCAGUCGCUGGAAUCGUGAUGAAAUGUCCGCUUACGGGUUAUGGGGAGUGGUAGGACCCAAGGCGUUGAAGGUUCGAUUGUAAUAGAUAUUAGAAGGAUUAGCCAAGAGAAGUGGGGACGAGAGUAACUUUGAGAUGUAAACGGCCAUGAUGAAGCUUUUGACUUCAACUGAGGAUAACGGUUGUCCCAUGAGAAGUUAACCAAUGGAUCCUUCUGAGCCGUGAAGCUGAGUAACGUGACAUAACCUAACGAGUACGUGACCACUGUAGCGCAAAUGACCGUGACCACGAUGUCUUAGCAAGUAAUAUAUGUUAAGUGAAUCAAAGCGGCCGUCGAUAAUACAAUGUUAGACACUUCUUUUGUAUGAAUGAAUUUGAGUUACGGAGAAACUGAAUCUGAUUAUCGCUUAUUUCCAUGUCUUCGCGUGACAGAUUUGCGGAAGAAACCAGGCGGAACUUUGAGGCCACGUUGGACUGGAUUCACGAGCAUGCGUGUUCAAGGUCUUAUGGUCUCGGUGAGUAAAUGGCAAGUUAAUUGUCCAAACACUUCACACUCAGCUUUUAUUAUACCUACCGCAAUUGAAAUUUCGUGAGUGGUCGGAAUAUUCGCUCGAUCAUACGAUCUUGGUAAUUCCGCUCUGACUUUAAAAGCCCUUUCAGUUUCAAACUUCAAAACAAAAGGUUUUUUUCUUAUUUCUUUGCUGUAUUGAAUUCGUUUCAUUCAGCUAUGAUGAAGUUUUUUGAAGAUAUGAAGACGUUUCUGUCUUAUGACAAAUAUCCAAUGGAUCCUUCUGAGCUGACAAAUGACUCUAAAUAAGGGUGAACUGAAUUUUUCCUGAUUUUAUCCUUGCUUUUCACGUUUUUUAAACCAUCGAGACUUCGCUUCGCCCACUUUCCAAACGACUUCACGCACUUUCCAAAGUUCGCUAAACCACUUGUUUUCCUCGUUCCCUUCAGAUCUCACUAGUCACACUAAGGUGUAAUCAACUCUGGAUUAGCCUGGUUCGGCAUUUACUCCACGGUUACACCUGCAAGACUGCGUCACUAGGGCCCGCGGAGCAAUUUUUAAAGUGGGAGGAAGGGGGAGUGGACGGACGCACAUCAAAAUGUUAAUAUAUAUUUUAUCAAAAGAUACCUUCGUCAAUUCGAAGAAACAAGAGAUAUUUUAGCACUGCAGUAAAGUGCGAUUAAACAGGUGCCGAUUUAAUACAGUUACAACAACUCAUCAAGCAAAGUUUAACAAACGAGAAAGGAGCCAGAAAAGAGUGAAGUAUGUAAUCAUGCACAGAAAAGUGAGAGAAGGCAGCAUCAUAAUUCUGGCGUGGUUUAUUGGCCCACUGUCAUGAAAUUGGAUUCAUUUAGUGUACCGAAUUUUCUUUUCCAAUUAUCAGCAAAUUCAUUGGCCACGAAGGCGACGUUGUUGUGGCUGUUUAGUACUGUCAGAUUACUGGACCUUUCUUGCGUCAUUGUUGAGCGGAGUCAUGCUUUUAACUUUCGAGCCGCUGAAAAAGACCUUUCUCUUUCUGCGCUGAUUACAGAAUUUACUCGUAGUAGCUUGUCAUCAUCAUCAUCAUCAUCAUCAUCAUCAUCAUCAUCAUCAUCAUCUUCGUCAUCAUCAUCAUCAUCUUCAUCAUCUUCGUCAUCAUCUUCAUGGUCAUCUUCAUCAUCUUCAUCGUCAUCAUCACCUCCUUCCCUUCCUCCUGUUCUUAGAGGUGAACGUAGUCCUCCUCUUCCUCCUCCUCCUCCCCCUCCUUCUUAUUCUUCUUCGUUUUAAUUUUCUUUAUUUUGGGACUUUUUAUUUUCAUUUUAGGAACUCGACUUCCCUGGGAUGAACAGUAUUUAAUAGAGUCAUUGUCUGAUUCAACCAUUUACAAUGCAUACUACACAGUGGCACACUUGCUACAGGAGGGGUCAUUUGAUGGAUCUGCUGGUGGACCCCUAGGAAUAAGGUACCUCUCACUUGGAAUUUAUAAUAUACUCCUCCUCCAUAAGUGUCCACUGUAAGAUUCAUUUUGUAGCCUUACCUUGAAACCGGUGUCAUUGUUAGUUUGAUUAUUAGGGUGAAGUGUCUGAGCGUUGUUAGUGAUUCCAAUAGACGUAUGGGGAUAUUGAUCCGUUAUCGAUUGACCUGUUGUUACUUACUCUGUCAGUGACUGCACUGGCAAAAUGUAAGUGUUUGUGCAAUAUCGAUAGCAUUCAAAAAGUACAAUGAGGCAAUCUAUAAAUUUGUUUAUUCACAGGGUAACUAAGGUCAAUAACCGUUGCCGAACUGUGCACACUGACCAGCUCAAGGAGGCUUUGUGCUGACUGCUAAUUAACGACCUCGGUUUUGGGGUUAAUUUGGUUGCUUGAAUUGGUUGAUUUGUAAUGUUUAAAUUCUCGGCCAUACUUGCAGUUGAGUCAGUUUGUCAAAUUUAAGCUUUAUGAGGUAGUCAGACGUCCCUUAUAACUGGUUUUAUAUUGUGAAAGAGGUUUUAGGAACCAAGCAUAAGUUAGGUCUACCUCAAUGGGAAAGUGACCUUCAUCAUCCCUGAGCGUGGGAUGAUAAAGUGCCUUGAACGAAGGCCCAAGAGGUCGGUUAUUUCAACAAAGACGAAGACAAUUAGUGAACGUCUAGUCAAGAUAAGUCUGUCAGCUUGUUAUUUUGGGUAAAUACCUUUUUCCGGUCCGCUCUUCAGUCUUUCUUAACACUUUCUACAGUAAACAAAAUUAAGAUAGUGAGGUUGGCCAAAUUAACAUUUUUUGCUUUGCUUUAUUUUGGGUUUCAUCUACUGAGUUGGUUAAGUCAGUUUCCCUCUUUAUUAUAACCUUGUCCCCGGCACUGGGUAUUUUCACACAUUGAGCUUUCCGCAAAUGCUAGACAAAUUUUCGUGUAGUUGGGUUGGGAUAGGCCAUCAGAUCGUAAAGACGGUAGGAUUUGAUGACGGACUGCUGUUUUUUGUUUUUGCUUGAAUGAUUGCAAUCUCUCUAUAGGUGUUAAAAGUUUGAAAUACUAGUCUGAAAUUGCGGUGAAAGUUUUGUUAGACAAGAGUAUUAUACUUUCAAGUUCGCGGCUCUUAAUUUGUGAGCAAGAACUGAUACCCUAAGGUAUUAGCUGUCUGACGAGCGACAGGUGAAUGGAAUUUAACUAGUAAUGUAAACUCCAGUUAAGUAUGUACGUGCUUCCUAUCCCUCGGUCCUCUGUUUCAAGAGUUUUUGACUUAAAUUCUCGGGUCAAUUUAAUAAAACCUUUGCAAGUAUAUUUUACAAGUGUUGCUAUUUCUACAGUAGCGUAAACAGUUUUAUUAAAUGGACUGCUGGUUCUAGUAAGUUCUUUAUCAAGUUUCGGGUUUCAAGACUAUUGUUUUACCAUAUUUCAUAACUAAUUAAAUGAAUAUACAGUAUGACUGCUUCAAGGCGAUGAGGCCCAACGAAAACCACUGAGCUUAUGAUUACUAAUUAUAUGCUCCCUCAAUUUAUGAUAUUAGUUAAUUAUCAACGUAUUGUGAAAGGUUUGAACCCAGGAGUCAUUUCAAAAGUAGGUUGAGUUUGAUCGUCCGGGUGAACGUAGUCCUGAAUAGGACUGUUGUUGUUGACAGUGACUGACUUUUAUCAAAGUAUUAUAACAACGACAAAUCAGUGGUAGAGGAUCAUGACAUGUUAGAUAUUUGUUUCAGUUAAGCGUAGUUAGCCGGACAACUAGAAAGUGCUAUUCAAAGAGGGAUAAAAAAGUGAAAAAAAUGUAGGAAUUGAAAAAUGUCUAAAAUAAGAGGAUUGUUUUCAGUUUAGUAGAAAAAAAGGCAGCGUUUUGAUUUUCAUGGGCUUUUCUUUCUUUUAUAUUCACCAAUGUAGAUGCCUUUUCUCCCAACUUUCUUAUAUAACACUCUUCAUCUUACUAAAUGUUUCAGACUUCAACCCCUUGUAGAUAGACAAUAUUUCACAUCCGAGCUUGUCUUGUGUUGUCUGGGCAGUAUGUUUUAUAGUGCUACUGUUUAUUAUGCCAUAAAAGGGAGGUUUGUACUUUGAGCAUGCAGUUAAAUCCUUCAGAAUGGCCAUGUGAACAAAGCUAUUGAGCAGAACAUUUCUGUGCUGUUAAUUAUUGUCCUACCGUUGCUAGAAUUUGAGUCUGAGUUUAUUCCUAAAGUCACUUGUGUGAAACUUUACUGUUCUCUUGAGUCUGUGAAUAAAUCCCAAAAGUUUGGUCAUUCGUCGCUUCCCUGAUAUGAUUAAAUACUCCUCACUUCACUGUUUGUAAUGAUCUCAGGGAAAACAAGCCAGUUUAUUAAAAGGCCUCUAAAACGUUCCUUUGGCCUCGGCCAUUCUUUUAAUAAUUCUUUCUUUUUGGGUUAUUUUGCCAAAAAAACACUCUGUCCUAAGCCGUUCCAUACUAUUUUUUUCGUCCAAGUUAAAAAAUAUACAACAUCUAACCGGAUACACCUUCGUGAAUAUACAAAAUGUCUUGAUAAGUAAAAUUUGAUUUUUAACUUUAAGAUAUAUAAAGGAAAUUAAUUUUUUGAUUCAGUUGUGUAUAAAACAGUAGGAGAAAAACUUUUGAAAAUUUACUGAUCAACAGAUAUGGCGAGUAUACCCCCGAGCUAUAGCUCAUUUUAUAGAUUUUUAUGUAAAAAGCAACCUGAUUCAUGCCAGAUUCUAUAUGAAUUUAUGAAAUUAAAAAAGAUAACUCCGUUUCUUUUUAAGUGGCGGUAAGGGGCCGGGGGGGGGAGGGGAGGAAUACAUGUUUUUUAAUUGCAAUGAUCUCUGUUACACCAGUGUUAUAGAAAAUUAAUUACAAUUCACCAAAUAUUGACAAGGUGUGAUGUUCGUCUCCCACUAUUGUAGGUCUGCUAAUAGAAAGGAUUGAAGUUUUGUUUUUUCUAUAGUUUUAUCGCAUUCUGAAAUACAGUAACAACAACCAAAACAAAACAGCAACAAUAAAAGGCGCCAUAUCGCAUUUUAAUGUUUUGUUUAUCGUUGAGCUCGGGUACUCCAGUACAGUGAGUUAUAUUAUACUCCAUAUUUCUGCCCUACAUACUCUUAGCGUUGCUUGUUUUUUCUCCUGUUUGGUGAUGAAGAAUUAUCUGUUAUCUGUUAUUCCUCUCCUUUCAUCAUCACUUUUUUUUGCGCAUUUAAAGUAAGGUUUUUUCCAAUUUAGUAGGCGAUUUUUAGCCAUUGUUUUAUUUCUUAGUUAUUUUUAUCAAAAUGUAGGUUUGUUUUUUUGUGUGUAUUUUGGCUUCCUUCAAAGGUAAAUGCAAGCGAAAAUUAACUGAGAAAAUCUUUACUUUCCUUACGCAACACUCAGGUAUUCAAACUACUUUUGAUUUAAAAGCAACGUGUUUUACCGAUAAAAUACAGUUCUCGUUGGUUUAUUAGAGUAUUGAUGUUGGACCGUUGACCAACGAACAUAUUUUGUUUUUUUAUAUCAAUGUAUGCUUUUUGCCAUAUGUGUAUGAUGACUGUGGCUGAAGUGAUUAAAGGGCCUGUUUACAUGGAGUGGGGUACCCCGGUCUAGUGGGGCUGGUUUCUUUUGUUUUCACGCUCUGGGAGACACAAAACAAAAGAAACCUACCCCACUAGACCGGGGUCCCCCACUCCAUGUAAACAAGGUCUAAAAGCAGGAGGAUAAAAGCCACUUAUUGCGGUUUCAAUUCCUCUUUAAUCCUCGAGGCGAAUAGUGAAAGUUGUGAACAAGGGAAAAAUGAUUGAGCAAGGAAUUGCGCGAUAAUCAGCCAAAAAACCUGAAAUAUGAAUUUGGGGGACACAAAGCCAUUGUUUUUCUUUAUUUACCAUCUAACGCGCUUUGCUUAAUGGUUUUGCAAUCUUGUUGUAUUUUCCUUUCAGGGCCGAACAAAUGACCCGUGAAGUGUGGGAUUACGUAUUCUUCAAGGAUGCCCCUUUUCCAAAAACAGAUAUCUCAGCUGGAAAACUCGAGUGAGUAUCUGAUACAUUCUUCUUUACGGAAAUGAAAUUUUGUUAUGAUCUUUUGUCAUACUGUUACCGGCGACAAAUAUUUGGCUAUGCUGUUUAGGACUCUAGGAAAGGGAGACGUCGGCGUAGCUACAGGGCAUGCUAACAUGUAGUUCAUGCCCAGCUACAGUCUCCUGCGGACACUUUCACCCAACGCUGUUUUUUCAGCAAUUCUGACCCGUCUCCUCGUCUUCCCAAUGUUGGUUAUCGCAGUUAACUCACCAAAUCUUGUACACCACAUUGGGAGGGCAAGAAGACAGCAAAGUGUCUAAACAAUUUUGACUAAGACUGUAGGUUAGUACGGCUUGCCUAUAAGAAAACCAGAAAAAUUAAACUUAAGAACGUUACUCGCCUUUUCGAUGUUGCGAACAUCAUUAUCAAGAGUGAGAAAUGUUGAGUUUCAAAAUUGUUAAAAGAGUUCGAGUAAGUUUGAUUCCAUUCGUACAUGCUUCAUUAUUAUGUAGAUUUCUUAACAGGAAAGCUUCUGAUUGCACGUUCGGUUUGAGUUCUGGUAUAAAUAGCAUCUCGUAGACAAGGCAUUCGAAUAUAUUUCUGCAUUUUUUGAGGACCGAAAAAUUGUCCGUGAGGGUUGGUUAAUAACCGCUAUCGUAUGUUUUUUUUCUCUUCAUCCCAAAAGCUACUUUUGCAAUUCUCAGUACCACGCCUUACUAGUGUGAGUUCUCUUGAGGCACGUUAAGAAAAAGAAACCGCUGCUUUGUUGUGCCUAGAUUACUCCAUACAAUAUUUAGCUCUGUCUAUAAAAACUAAACCAAUGAAGUCUAAAAUUUUACGACUUAACGCCCUCUUUUUAAUUCCUUUUUUGUAAUAGUUGACCCUACUUUCUUUGUGGUAUAUCUAAUAAGUUUUGGUUUGACACGUAAACGACACUAGCUUUUAGCGCAUUACGAUUAUUAUUUGCGCCUAGAAAUAGCAAGCAUUUUUUUGGUUAAAAUCCUGGCACUCCCUUUCGUUAUUCCUUUUUCAGGAAUUUAUUUCCGCCUUGAAUCAAUCUAAAAAGAAGUGGACUUAUACUCUCAGCUCUGUUAUUUUGUAUCCACAAAUUCAUUGUGAUAUUUUUCAAGCCAAAGCUGAGUGUUGUAAUCAGUUUACAGCCAACAAGAUGGUGGAAAGCUCAAAAGAUGUUUAUCGUUUCCAGACAAAUAUCUUGAAGCCUUAAUCAGACUAUUAUCUAGUGUUGACCGAUUGUUAUUAUCAUGUACUCAGACCGGUAAACCGUGCCAAAGGCAAUGAAAUAGUCAUCUCAAAGGAUGACUAUGUUAUUAUGUAAAAAGAACAUCCAGUUACAAGGGAAGUGAAAUUAAUGUUGAUUCGAUACAAAACGGCUUGAUAAGUGCCUUAUAAAAUCACCCUAAUCAUCAAGUGAAUGUUUUAGCUUUAAAUGUCUUAGCAAAAUUGCCUAGGGCUUUAAAAAUACUAUUUUUCAAUAUGAAAAAGCCGUGUCCAGCUGCGCUUGUAUUCAGUGUUAAAUGUCACGUCGCGUGCGUGUUCGACUUUCGCGCUGUUGUAUUCAGGCAUCUCGACUGAUUUGUCGUUGAAUAUUCUUGUUAAAUUUUCGUGGUUUAGUUUGUCCUGCUGUUUACCCAUUGUUUUAACCCCCAAAAAUAUAUAUCUUUUUUCAAAAGCUUUUUAAAUAAAGUUGAAAAUAUCACUAGGUUUUUUUAUUUUUCUGUUACAUCUACAUUUAAACUUUCUCCUUUUUUUUCGCAAGAAAAGAAAACAAACAUGUUUUGAAUAACGACGGAAUUAAAAAAGUUUUCCUUAUCCUCACUUAGAAUUUAAUGUCACUUUUUUUUUCAGAAUAUUUAGAAGUAGAUUAAAGUCAUUUGUAGGGUUUAUACAAAACAUUGCAACGAACAAACAACAACAACUCAAUUAAAAUACCGAGCUCUUCUAACCGAGCACCAGUGCUCCACUAAUCGGGGACGCGCAAACAAAAUAAUUCAAAUAAAUAAUUCUUACUCCAAUUAAAAAAAAGAGAUAUAAUAAUGGGAAUAUGCACAUUGUAUAUCAUAAGUGGUAAUAACGAUUACACGUUUCACUAGUGUUACAACUAUCACUGUCCACUUGGCACAAGUCUAGAUAAAUCUUAUUUUCUAAUUUUCUUCUAAGCUCUGAAGAUAUGUCACUUCUCUCACUUAGGGAUUUAAUUAUUUCCAAGAAUGCUUCCCAUAUUUUACCUUAGAAAAUCUUUUUAAGUCUGCAGUUGUAAGAUUAUAGGACACGGACUUUCACAAUUUGCACAGAAUUUCUUGGAUAACUGUUCUGCAAACAGCACCAUGCAGAAUUAGUUUUAUAUGUUAUUUUCCACCAUCCUGAUAUUCUCACUGCUGCCUCCAUUUUCCUUUAAUUUACAAGCUUCACAUACUCGAAACUUAAAACCUCAUUACAGUGUCGCGGUAACUUUAAUUUCUUUCUAGGUCUUUCAUCUAGUCCAAUAUUUUGUGGUCGACGUAGGAGAAUUGGACUCAACGACAACUGACUAUUCAGAAAGGAUUUUUGCCGGUUCUCUCACAGUAAAAGCUGUGAAAAAAAUGUCAGGGACAUGGCGCCCAUAUGAAAAUGUGUGGGCGAACUUUCAUCUGAUGUACUCGGCUAAACUUUAAAUCUACAGAUGAAUAGGAACCAGCAGUGAAACUUAUGUCUUAUAAUUCCACUUUGAUAAAAAAAGUCAAAAGAAAAUUGUAAAACAUUUACAAACUAACUUCAAGUGACUUUCGCUUACUCUUGGUAUAGUUUAAGUUCGGAUCCAGGAGUAUCGGCGCUUGUUUUUUCUACAGUAUAUAAAGCCGUCGUAGUCAUGCUUGUUCGACUUUCAGUUCUUGAUUUGUGUUUCUUACAAAAUGCGUGAUUCAGAGCUUCCCUGAAAUCCUUUUUUCCAAGGACGUAUAACAGUGGGUUGGACAGGGAUGUAAAGAAGCGAGUGUAGUGAUAGAAGACAUACGAUGCCCAAGCAGGUAAGUCGGCUUCAUGUGCUAGCUGCUCUUGAAGGCUCAAGAUAAAAUAUGGAAGCCAGCAUACAACGAACACGAUCAACAUCGUUAAAAAGACGGUGGCUGUUUUGCGCUGAGCGCUAUUUUGCGCGGGCGUCAACUCAGUAUCUGAGGGACUGUGAUAUCUUCUUAUCUGCCGCUCGUGGUACCGGACUCUUUUAAAAAUGUGCGCAUAGGUGAAGACCAUUACAAGGAGGGGAACCACGAAAAAUAUAACAACAACUGUCAGGUCGUAUGCUAUCUGCGCUUUAUUUACCUCAUCUGUGUCAUCUUCGUUCAUGCUAGCAUUUUGCCGCCAUGAUAGUUGAAUAAGGGUCACAAAUGUGGCCGAGGUCCACGCCAGGGUUGUGAGCGCAAAGAACACUUUUCGUGUCAUGAUGCAGUGGUAUCUUAUGGCGUGUCUUAUAGCAAUGUAGCGAUCCACAGAGACAAGGACAAUAUGUAGAACUGUGGACACUGAGAUAAAUCGCCAUAUUAACACAGAAGGCGGACAAACGUUGUUGUCUCUGAAGAUGGUACAGGUGAUGGCGAGCGGAAUGCCAACUAGACCUGCCAAUAAGUCACUUACAGCUAGACUGACAAGAAACGAGUUAGUGACAGUUCUAAGAGAGCGGUUGCGAAUAAACAUUACAAUGACCAUCACGUUUAUGAUGACGAUGAAGCACGCCAGUGCGACUGGAAAUGUGUCGAAUUCCAAGCUGAAUUCUUCCAUGUCUUUUUCGUCUCCCGAAAGUUCACCGCUUCCGAACGAGCCUUCAUCGGCGGUGAAGUCUUGCUCUCCCAUCAAUUUUGUCCUGUUUCCCAUGAGUACGACUUCAGUUGACGUGAAAAAAAAGGUUGACUGACACCCAGUUUGCUGCCAGCUGAUGUUGUUUGCGCUUUCUAAGAUAAACGCCGAUCCGAUAGUGAUAAAAUCUUUAAGAGCGUCUUGCAGCCCAAAGCAUGAAGUCGCUAGAAGCUUUUCAAUGCAAAUUGUUCUUUUUUGAGUUCACCCGAUGUUGUUUCCCGAAGAGAUGACAGUGAUGUCUCCCCGGUGUCUCGCUGUGAAGAGAAAUCAUUACAAACUUAAUGAAAACAAUUUAAAAAAAUUCCGGGAAAAAGGUAACACAGAGUGAAAAAUGUGUGUCUUUCUUACGCUACAGCUUGUUCGGUUACACGAGAUUUCUCUGUUGAGGCGUAUGUUAAGCUGCAAUUCUAGUAGCGUUAUAUAUAAGUCUUCCUCAACAAGAUUGAAUUGGUCAGUGCGUGUGUGUGUUAGGCGUCUAUCUGUAACUGAUACGAAGUAGAGAGGUUUUUGUCAUAAUUAUUGUCGGAAAAGAGCCCGUGGCUAUUUUUUCUUGACAGGUUGAUUGCUUCUUUGACAUUGUCUCAUCAUGUUGGGUAGUAAAAGCCAUAAUGUGUUGAGUUCCAAAUAUCAACUUCUAUUUCCUAACAGUUGUUUUUGGUGCUUUCGUGAUCGAAAUCGCCUACACAGCAAACAAAUGCUCGUUUUCGCCACAAAAGGCUUCUUCAGUAAUUUAAUCCUAGUCUUCAUGUGUUGUAUUAACUCGUAAUUAGACUUUCAUAAGUAAGGUGUAUUACGAGUAUGUCCCAGUUGGCCUUGGCGUUCGCUAUUAACGAUGAAGUAAGAACUCUUCACUUACUUUACGUCAAGUCCAAUAUACGAUAACAUUUUGUCCUUCUUUCGCCGCAUUAUCCUCCUCUUGUUUUAAGAGAAGUCAAUUGCAUUUGGUGAUGCAUUUUAUUCCCGUUAAUUGGGUUUUAGCAGUUGACCUUCGCGUCGAAAUUCCCUGAAGAGUAUCCUAUAUCAAGUACUGCAUUCAUUUCCUUUCCAUGGUUUCUCCGAUCAUCUAAUCUGCUUAAGUAGCUCAUUUCUUGUUGAUAUGUCCACAUUGGUUCACUAACCUUUUUAAUGAAUUAGUCUCUGUGGCCAAAGUGAAAGACGCGAUGCCAGUUCAGAUUUCAGAUACCAUACUGAACAGAUUUUAGCUGACGAAAUCAUGACACGCGCAUUUCUCAAAAAGAAUUGUAAAAAAUAAGUAUGAAAUGUACAUGCGCCAAAGAAAAUCGAUUAUGCGGAAGAUAUUAUCAGUUAAAUGUAGAAUGAUAAACAAUAGAUUUUACAGGUCGCAAAUUCACUUUGCUCCGAUUAAAAUUCAGUUUUGUCGGUAGAAUUGUUUUCUGUCGUUAGCUCUUUAGUAGCAGCUGAUAAGAACCUGUCGAGAUAAGUAUGGGCAAAUGUGUUGCUAAUUGAACAUCCGUAAGUCCGCUCUUGAGCCUAAAGCUGUUUAAUAAGCCAGUGGGUUUAGCAAUAUAGAGUUGUCUUGCCGUGCCUUGCUGCGCGAUCGUCAUUUAAAAGCUUUUGAAUUAUCGUGAACUAAAAGCUGUAAUUAUUUGGGAUUUGGUUUUGUUUGAGAGGUUACUAUAUCAAAUGGGUAGAAUCUUGCCGUAAUUAUUAAAACUAUCCAGUCCAAAACGAUUCAUCAUUGCAAAAUAAACACUACAUUUCGGGAAAGGUCUUACGUGAAUGUUAAUAGUCUUGAGGUGGAUUUCCACUGUCGCGUAAUUUUAACGUGCGUAAGCGCGUAAAAUUAACGUGCAUAAAUAAAAUAGAGAAAAUGUAUGAAAGGUCGCGCGCAAACGUGUAAGUUUGGCGUGGUCAGUUCAACUCUUACGUUCACAUGCGACCUUUCAUACAUUAGUUCCUCUAAAAAAAAUUACGCGAGAGUGGUAAUCCGUCCUUACUAUGAAAAAAAAUCUAAAUACUUACAAAUAAGAUACGAUCAUGCAUCUUUGCAGCACCAAAACACUAUUUAGACAUGUACCACAAAGUUGUUCUGAUCAAUCAAUCUUAUUUGGAAUUUUAUCGACCCACUAACCUUUUGUAGGUAUUUUGGUUUGUAAUCACUCGAAUACAUCAAAAAAGACAUUUUGAAACAAAAGUAAUUCAUUUGUUGUUUGAGACCCGUAGCGCAACAGUUUUCGGAUUUGAACGUCAACUAUUUUUAGGGAUUACAGUGACAAUAUAUUUCGAGAUAUGUACAAAUGAACUUGUUGUUGUAACACAACUAACCUGCGCACCAGGCUCCUCUAAGUGAUAUGGGCGCAAGAUUGGAAAAGAUGAGCGAUUCCUUUUCGAGUCGAACGCGUUCCGUUCCGUGCGGAAAUUUUCUGUCAUUAUGUCGCUUAGUGUAGUACUGCAUUAAGAAAUUGUUUCUUGUUAAAAAAAAAAAAAACCCUCGUUAAUACGGCCGUCCCACCCCGUUAAUACGGCCAAUUUUUUUUGGCCCAUUGGUAACCGUAUUAACGGGGUUCCACUGUAUUUUAGGUUUUGUGUUACGCGGUUUUUUGUUUAGUUCUCUGUUGCCUUCAUAAUACAUACACCAUACAGCUAUUGAUAGGAUACGAGCGAGCGAUACGAACGACCAGUUCCACGCUUGUGAUUUGUCUGAAACAGGAGCCGAUUACUGUAAUCGGCUCCUGUCUGAAACAGCUGCUAGGCAGCGCCAGCAGUAGUGAAAGUGUACUGGUUGAUCUCUAAGACUUCCUGUCACGAAAGAGAAUUUUCUCUGCAUUUAAGAGCAGUCACAUAUUGCAGAUGGGUUGUUUUCUACGCACUGUGCAUAGCACUUCGUUAUUAAAAGUACAAAUGCUAACUUUGUAUCAUAUUUCAAAGCCUAGAUUAAAACUAAAAAGAAACUGUCUCUCUCACCCGGUUUCCUAGUAAAAAUAUCUUGCGCGCAUGUUCUGUUCAACAUUUUGCUUCGUGUUGUUAAUUAGUGUGAAAGUCGAACGACAAACUUUAUUUACCACUAGCAUCCUCUUAUACCAACGAGUGAAUUGAAAUUACAAAGUGAGCUGCGAUGAGACGGUAAAUGUAGAGAAAAAGUCUAUAAAAUUUUUUUCAUUGUUGUUAUUGUUGUUUCAUCAUGUAUUUUCCAUUCGUAUUAAGUAUAUAAACUCGGGCGAUUUUUUAAAAAAAUUUCAUUAUCCGUUUUCGUCGCCUCAUAAUGCUAUCCAUUUUUUCACAGUGUAAACCGUUAUAUUAUUAUUCCAGCACUUCGUAAAUGCGGGCAAAAAACGCUCUUGCAAAUAUACUAUAAACUGAACAGCCUGAUAAAUUUCAAUAAUUUCUCAGUCUUUCACGAGGUUCGUUAUAUGGUGUGCGUCGUUAUAUAAUUAUCACAAAGUUUGUUAUAUUCGGGACUGUAUUGUUAUCACUAAAUUCGUGUUUUCUCGAGAGGUUCGUUAUACUGGAAGGUUCGUUCGUUAUCGGGAGCUUGUUAUAUUGUGAUCACAAGAUUUCCUAUUUCUUGUAGGUUCAUUAUUUCGGGAGGUUCGUUAUACUGGACGGUUCGCGGUUCGUUAUCGGGGGGCUCGUCAUUAUUAUAACGAGAUACGUUUUUUUUAUAGGCUCGUUACAUCAGGAGGUUGUCUUUACCGUGAGAUUCCGCGUCAUAUCGAAAGAUUCGCUCAUGUUGUAUCCUCUUGGCUCGUUAAUUCAGGAGGUUCUUUAGAUCGGGAAGUUUGUUGUACCUGCGAAACUGAAUUUCUAAUUUCUAUUACUCCGUGACUUCCACAGUGCCCUGUAAUGUUACGUUUUUCAGUUUCUUGGUUUAUUAAAUGCUUGGAUAAUGUAUACGUGAGAUUUGCCAAGGUCUGUGUAUUGUUCUCUUGGGUGUUAUUAGAUUAACAACUUACGGCAAGGUACCUGAAAACAUGAAUCAUUUGGCUUGUUGUGUCUUACGAAAACACCAAUCUCAGUCUUAAAAUUUUUCCUAUCAUUUUCUGCAGUUCUUAUAAAUGUUUGUAAUUCUUAAUUUGUAUUUUUUUUUUUUAACUUAUUCUUAUUUAACUGUAGCGGGAUAUGUUCCCAGUUCUGUAACAUCCUCUUUCAAUGCCUGUGGUGGGACUACGUCAUAACCAAAACAGCAUAUUCAUUGCUCUGUUAGCUUCCUUAUCAAUAAGCACAACUUAGUUUGAAAACAGCGUGACCUUCUUCUGUCGUGGGAAGCAUUUUGCGUGGAUUUGUCGUGUUAUCCUGCCAAGAUCAAGUCCAAGUUGAAACGAAAGCAAUCGUUGGGAAGCCCUUGUGUCUUCCUUCCUCAUCUCGUUUUGUUUUGUCAAUUGACAAUCGAGCUGUUUUACAUAGUUUACAAGUUGGGCUGUGUUUUCGGAAAUCUCCUUAGUUUAUUUCAAUGUUUCCUUUAUGUUAGGAGACAAUAGCGCUCUGUUAAGAGAAAGGCCAAUGGAUUUUACAACAGAUUGAAGCAAGAAGGAUUAUAUGAACAAAACAAUGCGCUCAAAAAACGCUUCAGUAGCGUCUCCGCAUGAAAGAUAUACGUCCGAACCAAUGAAAAGCAAAAACUGCAAGGAAGUCGGAUAGAUGAGGUACUUACCAACAGGAAACAAGAAAAUUGUAUGGAGAGUGAAUGUUUCCAUAACUACAAUAACAUCUCAUGUAUUAACUCAAGUCUUCUCCGUACUCGUUUUAUGAUGUGAAAAAGUUUAUGAUAUUUGCUUAAGGAUGUGAGUAGUAUUGUUAUGGAAAUUUUUUUCUUCUUCAAGGACUCUUAUGGUUAUUUUAUGAAAUUGCUUUUUGUGUUUUGUUGGGAAAUAAUGUUAAGAUUAAUUUACGCUUUAGCGUGGAAAUCGUGUGAUGCACAAUAAGUCGCUGACAAGUAUAUGCAUGACCUUUUUUAAGUUUAGAUUAUAUCGCGCAAAAGGUUAAUGAAAAUCUGCGAGUACAUUUAUCUACCAAAAGGAAAAAACAGCUGUCUUUAAAAGAAUAAUAUAGUAGAUUUCUUGGCAGUUUUACAAAUAUUUAUUGUUAUGCUCCUCGCCAUAAUAUCUCACACCUUUAGAUUAAAAUCUUCGUAAUGAAAUCGCUGUUUUUUUGCAAAAAAAAAAGGUUUACUGAAAUUCUCUAUGCCUAGUGAAAAAUUAAAUGUACUAGAAUUUUGAUAAGAGACUAAGAAGUUUCAAGAGAACUCUGCAAAUGCUCUUCUUUAGUUUUCUUGUGCGUUUUUGUUCUUUGGAGAAUAAAGAAAAAGGCUUGGGAGGUCCUUGGCCGGUUUAUUUUCAUUCCUUUGGGGCUUGCCAUUAGGAUUUCUUUGUCCACGUCUCUUGCACAACGUUGCUCAGCCACACCAUGCUGACACCUUAAUUUCGGAUCUGUGUCCUACGGGUGCGAGUAGACCAAAAACUUGUAAUUUCUACAGACAGGUUUUUGCAGUGGCAUCCUUGGAACUUUGACUCCUUCCAGUGGAAAGAAACUUAAUCUUACUUUGGGUCUAACAUCCAGGCAAUUUAACGCUCUUACAAAAUAACUUUGGUUGAAUCAUCGUUGUUGAAUACUUGCAGAGAUCUUAUUGACGAAUGCAAAUGAUAAGUUAACCGAAAAAAAACCUUUGUGAAAUUGCUGUUUUAUUGCAAAUGAAGAUGUGUCCCUUCUCACUGUUCGUUGAUACAUACUAGUUUAACGAAAAAAUGCCUCUUUUAACGGCGAUAAAGUAUAUGCUUUAAGGUCAUGGUUGCCCUUUCGUUUCAUAAGAAUUAAAAUCAGAUUAAAAUUGCUGUAUUAGAAAAGCCGAGUACGAUUUUGGUUUUGUAAUUGUAUUUUAAGGCGAAACGAAAAGUCUGUAUGGCGUAGUUUUAAGUGUUUCAAGUUCUGUGAGUUUUAUCGCAGUGUUAUCGAAACAUCGCAAAUUUCCUAUUUCUAACAAAUGUUGACAUCCGGUGCUAAGUUUUAUUUUAUAACUUCUUAGGCCUGUUUCAGACGUCGUGCUACUGCCGUGCUAAGCUGGCUUGACUGUAGCUCGACUGCAGCAUGACACUAGCACCACUUAGUUUCAGACAUCGAAUUCAAUUCAGUCGAAUACAACGUCUCUUGCCGAAAACAAAACAAAACAAAAAAAGGAAAUGAUUUAGCAAACUUUUAAAUGUACUCCAAUGUAUUCAUAAUUUAUGAAUUGAGUUCGGCUCGGCAGUAGCGCGACGUUUGAGACCAAGUCGAGCUACUGCCGUGUUAAAGUAGAAUUUAAUUCGAUCAAUUUAGCUCGGCACGGCAGUAGCACCACGUUUGAAACGGGCCUUAGUUUCAGACGUGGAAUUUAUUUCAGUCGAAUAGAAUGGAACUUGCAGCCUUUGUCGACUUACCCGCACCAACCUGCACUUUUCUGGGUUUUUUUUUUUUUUUUUUUUUAAGCUUAGCAGCUGAGACGAUCUGGUCUGAAAAUGGUGAUCACUGUCGCCGUUAUGCGCCUUUUUCCCCGUCUGCAGUAUGUCUGUUUUUGUUGAAUGUGUACACUGAGGCUCGUUUAUUAAAAUCGUAAAAAGGCCGGAAUGAUUUUUACGUGCCGAAGUCUCCAAUAACGCACAAGAGUUUGGGAUGAAUUGUUGACAAAGCAGAGAACUCUCAUUAAUUUUCAUUGCGUUAUUUUUUGUCCUUUUGACGAAGUUUUUAGGAGCAAGCUCAGUUAGAAGUGGUUUAGGUCAGGGUGAAAUUUCCGAAAGCUACAGUGUACACCUGUUGUUGUUGUUCAUUUUUUAUGAUUUUGCUCUGAUCAUAUUGAUCGUACUUUUUUUCUCUAGCAAAUUACGACAAGAGUUCCAGUAUUGGUACCCAGUUGACCUGCGUGUGUCUGGGAAAGACCUGGUACCCAAUCACUUGACCUACUUCCUCUACAAUCACUGUGCUGUCUGGCCAAAUGAGAAAGACAAGUGAGUCUUAAAUACAAAUGAAUCAGCUAACUUCCGUUUGCAAACGCGCACGUACUUCCGUCUGUCGCUCCUCCAUGCCGAAAAGUAUUGAGAGGAAGGACAGCCAAUGCCUCCGUAGGGUAACAAAAGCCUUUUUCUUUUAGGAAAAAACCGUUUAGCCUCCAUUUAUCAAAUGCGGCUUUGUCUUCGCAGUUCGAAGAAUUAAGUGAGAAUUAUGAAGUUAAGUUCGGCAUUAAAUUGCUGGAGAUGAGCGGAUUUUACUCGACGAAAACAAGCGUUCAUUCGAACUUAUGUUUCGUACUCUUGAGUCGUCUAGUUGAAGUUUUCUUGUUUCUUCCGAUCUUCGGCAGCCAUUUUAUCGACAUAACUGGGCAACAACAAAUCAAAAAUCAUGACUUGAAUACCGGCGGUGCAGCUAGCGUGCGGGCAGUUAUGGUCUUCAAUUUUGUUUGGCUGGCUGUUAUAUUUUCCAGUUUUAGAUUAGUUGAGAGGGACCCACUAAAAUAUAUAAGUAGGACGCAAAAUUCGGCUAGUGCCCGGUGAAGUUCGUACAAUGAAACACUGAAGCUGUUUAGAAGCGUCUUUGACCGUGAAGUCGUCAGGAUUAAAACGGGUGCCACAUACGUAACUUUUUCAUUCGUCUGUGUAUUUGACGAAUUUAGGAGUGUUUAUUUAAAAUUACUUGUUUCAGCAAGCAUUAUUCAUCGAUGACUUGAUCAUAUAUUUCAUAAACACAAGACAUUUCUCCUUUUUUAUCACCCAAAGGUGGCCACGAGGUGUCAGAGCUAAUGGACACUUGCUGCUUAACUCUGAAAAGGUAACCAUGGCAACAUAAUUUUACGAGCUUAGGCCCGGUUCGGACGCCGAACUUUUCAUGAGCCGAACGUAAUACAUUGAAUUAAGUACUUGAAAAGUUCGGCGUUUGAAUCCGUUAGGAACGCCUGAAACAAUUUGGAGCGGCACAGCCGUUCUUCCCACCUAGCCCGUCCGGGAAUUUGCACAUUGGAUCCACUUUGGAACGGCUUGGAUUCAGACGCCGAACUAGUCAUGUACCGAACCUAAUGCAUUAUUAUAACGCAUUUUGUAAGCAGUUUGACGAAAUGAGCAUUUUUCUCCUUAAUUAAGUUAUACGGCGUCUGAAUCAAUUCAGCCUGUCUAAAUAAUUUGGUUCGACCUUAAUUCGAAUCAGGUUCGGUUCAUGAAAAGUUCGGCGUUUGAACCGGGCCUUGGAUCGUGCACUUUAGGAUCAAAACGUUUUCGGUUUGUGGAGUUUAGUUGUUUUUGUAUCAUAUUGUGGGAAUUAUUACACUGUCACGUUUGGGGUCGAUACUCGUUUUCUGCCCUUUAUUCAUUGAGCCUUCUUUGAAAAAAAAGUACAUUCUAGGAGUUUCAAUUUGAAAGUAAGUGCUGGCGUCAGAGUUGGAAGACAAUAUGGAGAAUACAGUUUGAAAAUAAAUAAAGCGAAGAAAAUGAAAAUGACCCCAGGGUAGGUAAGCCUUUUUAAGACUUUUAAAAGAAAAAUAUGUGUACUUAUUUCCGUGUAAUUGUGUUCCCUUCGAGGAAAUUUCUAGAGUGCAAGCUGAUAAUAGACGAGGCCUGAGAUGUUAGUAAUUGCUUGUUAACAUUUUUUUAGACUUCUUUAUUUGCCUAUGGAAAUAAUUUCCUCGAGGUUACAAACGGUUAAGUAAUGAAUUCCGAGAAAGACGAGAUAUUUUUACGUAUUUGGCUGCUUUACUAUGUCAACAAUUUUUGCCGAUUCGCGAAUGGAGGUACGAGGAUAUCGACGCACGGAUAUUAACGGGUUUAAUGUGGUACUCGAGAAGUUUUCUUUUGACUAAGGGCCUGUUUACAUGGAGGCGGGGGACCCCAGUUAGGUGGGGUAAGCCGCCUGUCCAUAUAAGAGGGUGUGAAUGGGGUUAACCGACUAGCGACAAAGGGCAAAAAAUAUUACCGACUACCGACAAAACGCGAAAAAAAUUACCGACUACCGACAGGAAAAUUAUUAACCGACUACCGACAUGGACCGACAUUAUCUAUAUUUUUUUCAGAAAGAAGAGUAUAUUGUAUUUUUCCUACCUUUCUAGGAAGUAACCCAAGAUACCACGUCACAAGUCUUUUUACAAGUCAGUACCACAAAACGAGGAUAUUGAAAUCGGUUUGCAGAGCGUACGCCAAAAAUUUCUACAACCCGCCUAGUCCUAAACAUUAUAUGCGACAAAUGCUUAAAAAUCAAAUCCUCAAAAUUCUUUCCCGUUCAAUGGAAAGCUCUACCUCCAAACCCACCGUACCGCGAUGGGCACAAAGACAGCAGUUUCCUCUGCCAACAUUUUCAUGUCAUAUAUUGAAACACAAAGUCUAACCAGCUAAACCGUCUUUAAACCAGACAUCGUAACUUUGUUCAAAGAAGCAAACUUGCAUGAUCCUACUAUUAAAUUCACCGCCGAAAUUCACUGAGAAAUUGUUUUUAGACACGGUUGUAUACAAAGGCACAAGAUUAAACGAAAAAGUUAUCCUUGAUGUAAAGACUACGGAAACCUUCCAGCACACAUUUUGCGGCUUGUCACCCACCGAUUUGUCAAAAGAGUUUGAGGAAAGUGUUUCAAAAUUCAAAAGAACGCUUGAUGGUUGAUGAUGUACAGAGGCUACCAACACAAUUUGAAAGACAAAUUGCAAUCAGAAAUAAUUGAAACUCACAGAAAUCCGAAGUCCGCGCUCCUGAAAAAAAACCGAGCAAGGAAGGAAAAGAAAUGUUGCCUUUCAUGACACAAUAGGGAACUUAAGAACCACGACGAAGUUCACGACGACGACGUCUGUUGACUGGGAAAAGACUGGAACGAGGACGUCAGUUUCGGCAGGAAAAAGGAAACUUAAGAUGCGAUCGGUCGGUAGGUCGACGACGACGACACUGAAUGUAAACACAAAUGUAAAACUGUGAUGUGCGUUCGCAACAAAGUUUUUCGCAAUGGCGCCUUUUAAAACAAUGCGAGGUCUAAUUUUUAAGCCGUACGUCUAAUUUCAUUGACGAUGGAGAAUUUUUUGUGUUGUCCGACUUUUUGGAGUGGAAAAAACACCAGCUUUCCGCACAAAGAUUAUUCAACUUUCAACCUGAAUGAGGUGACCGAGUCCGAGUGUCUGUCAGAGUUUAGAUUUGGAAAAAGAGACAUUCUGAUGUGAUAGCUGUUUUCAAUAUAAAGUUUAUUUCCUCUAUAUUAAAGAUAUAUGAUUUGCCUUACCUAAAUACGUACAAAUAAAUUUCUCACUUACGAGUUCGCUCGCUCGGCCUCCACAGCUGUUGUCAUUCUUCGCAGUAAAAACAAUUCAUUAUAGUAUACUUUUAGUCUUCAUAGCCAAUAACAUCACGGCUUAACUGACAGACGACCAAUAACGUCGCGACGUAAUUGACCAAUCAGAUCAAUAACCAGAGUAUAAUAAUAUCAACUGACGUAAUACAACUCACUUUGACUCUGAAGAUGACUACCGCACAGGUUGUCGAAACGUCAGUCACUGUCAACAACAACAGUCCUAUUCAGGACUACGUUCACCCGGACGAUCAAACUCAACCUACUUUUGAAAUGACUCCUGGGUUCAAACCUUUCACAGUACACUUUUAGUCGAAUUUUCAAUCAACAUCGCUUGUUACGAGAAAAAAGCAACGAUACCUGGAUUUACGAGGAUAAGAAAAAACAAAGGACUUCAAAAAUCGCUUAAACAGUGGAUUUAUGCACCUAUGUAAAGCCGGCGGGGAGGGGAGCGGGGGGGAGGCAGGGUAUGGGGUAGGGAUUUGCUUGUCUUUGUUGGCCCUGGGGUAGGACAUUUGACUGAUCUUGUUCUCCCAGGGGAGGGGAUAUUUGAAUCUUUCUUCGCCCGACGUGGAGAUAUUUGACUGCCGACUUGGGCGAAAAAGACUGCGACGGAACAUCUGUUUCCCACUUCCACGCUUCACGCAUGCGCCGCACGGUUUGAAAAGAUCAGGAAGUCAUGGAUGCCAAUGAGAACAAGCGAAGGCUGAGUGAAUUUCACUGUUUUGUCUUCAAAUUUCGUUUGUUUUAGCGUGAUUUUGAUCAAUUGAACCUCUUAAAAUACUGUGGAAUCAAAAUAAACGAAAGUAAAGAGAACCCAAGUCGAUUUUUUCAAGUACAAUUGAUUAGUGUAUGGCUCAUUCGCUACAAUCAGUGUAAACUUACGAAACUGACGUUUUUUGUACCCUUUACUAAGAACGGUAUAUUUAAACUUACAAAAUGUGGACUUUCUCCUAAAGGUUUAUGUAUUGUACGCAGUGUAAAACCAAUUAUGGUUAAAACGUAUAAUUGCAGCUGUCACAGGAACAUGUAUCUUUGGUGAUGCAGCAACGUUUAUAGAAGAUUGCCGAGUGUUAUUUGGAGAUAUUUUUAUUGUGCCUUUCUUGGGUUCUGCCUUGGGAUUGACAGCAAUGUGCAGCCUAGGGUGGGGAAAUUUGGUUGCAUUUGACUGGAAUGACUUGCCCGUGGGCAGGGAAUUUGAUUGCAAAUUUUUGAAAAAAGUCAAAUCUCCACCCUACGCUCUGCCUCCCUCCCCGUCGGCAUUACAUUGAUAAGUGCAUUAUACCUGCUGAAGCUUGUGGAUUGCAGGACGACGUGAUUGUACUUUGUUUGGCGUCGUCGACGACACCAUGACGACGAAAUUUACUGGUCGCGCUUGCGCAGUACACUGUAACUCUCUUCUGGUCGUAAAAGAAGCUUUAAUGGAAAAGUGGAAUCUCAUACAAAAACAAACCGCUACUUUGCUAAUCUUUUUAAAGAACCACCCCUUAUUUCCUGAAAGAAAGGAAAACCAUGGCAAAGAACAUGCUUAUUAGAGCCAAAAUAUUAAAGGUCUUUCACGCCGGUAUAGAUGUGCAACCUGUCACCCCUUGCAGUUUUUCACCAAAAAUAAUUUACGUAUCCAAAAGGUUAGACUGGGUGUUUCCCUCUGUGUCCAAUCAACCUCUCUUCAUUACUUUUUAUAGUGCCCUGUGAUCAACAGGGAAACCAAGUUCGCAUUUGCAAUAAACGCUUUGGUGAAAUACACUAUCAUGUUGCAUAAUGAAGUUUAAGUUCAAUGAAAUGAUGCAUUUUUACAAGUUUUACAUGUUUUAUAGGGAUCAAAGUCUUGAAACUGAUUGAAACACAUAACAAAUAUUAAUAAUUAACAUGCAUUUUUACUUAUUAACUGAGAUUAACCCACAACCGACAAAGAUCGAAAUUUUUAACCGACUACCGACAAAGUAACUAAAUUUUAACCGACAACCGACAAGUGGACCCCCCCAUUCAGACUCUCAUAUAAUCUCUUAUUUUAAUUUGAUCACGUUUACAUGUUAGGUGGAGUAACCAUAUGAGAGAUUGUAUGGACAUGAGGGUUACCCCACCCGAGCGGGUUACCUCACCUACCUGGGGUUCCCCAACUCCAUGCAAACAGGCCCUUUAAAAACAAUUGGACCCGACGGUAGCCUGCAUAGCAGGCGCUUGCCAAAGCGACAGUCAAAUAAUUUUACAGUUGAAUGGUUAGCCAAGGGUUAGCUUCAAAGAGCGAUACACAUGUUGAAUCCAUAUGGUUCCAACCUUGUCUUUCGCCUCAAAGGACCAAUGUGACUCGUGGCCAAAUUAUCACCUGAAUCAUUUACCUCAACGGGGCAGAGAUUUUGACACAACGAUCAAAUUUAACGCCUCAACGGGCGAAGAAUACUGUGAUGAUUGGAUUAUUAAUUGCGUGUGGUUAGAAGUCGCUUUAGACGCAAAGCUGGUUUGCGUUUGCUUCGCACCUUUUCUCUCUUUUCUCCCAAGACCAGCAAGCUAGAGUGGACAGUUUGCUGCGAACAGAAGAAUUUUUGCCUGUCACAUCACUUCUACUGAAUGCACAGAGAAGGGGGAUUUGAUCGAUAUCUUCGCACCUCAACUUAUUCGCGGAUCGGCAAAUGGAGCAGCCAAACAGAUCAUGACACAUGAAUCUCUCAUCUUCUUAAAACGCUCUCGAUCGAGACCUUGAUGAAUACUUCCACAAGCAAAUAAAGACAUCUAAAAAAUAAAAAAGCAAUCACUAAACGCUCACCUCAUUUAUAACCUGCUUGCACUCUGGAAAUUUACUCGAAAUCUCUCGAUCUCCUCCACGUGCGUUUUACGUGACGUCAUCGCACUGGAGUGAAUACCCCGGAUAAUAAGAAAACCAAUCGACUCACAGCGCAUGCUUCUGAUCUUACAUCCGACAAAGUUUGGCUUUUUCCCGCUAUUGUAGAGAAUAUUGUGCUGGGUCGCAUAAGGCUCGCCAGCAAUUUAUUUUUCUCACACCCAAAUAGUUUACAUGGUACUACAGUACUGUUAGUAUAGGUAAUAGCAUGAUUAGUAGUGAUAUUUUGCAUAAAUACCACGAGUGAUAUUUCAAAAUUGUUAUAGUGAAAUUUGAGACAAUUUUGAAAUAUCACGAGUGUUAGGUAUGCCAAAUAUCACGUGCAAAUCAUGCUAUUAUUUGUUUAUACUUCUACCCGCAAGAUGUUUGUAAUUUCCACAUGUAGGUAUUUCAAAUUAAGCUGAAAUACCACUGCUCUAAGCCAAUCAGUUUGCAGAAAUUUCUCAUGUAGUAGUAUAACUUGUGGUAAUCAAGGUUCGCACAGUCUUGAAAAGUCCUUAAAUUUCUAAUGAAAAGUCCUCAAAUUUUCUUCGACUUUUAAGCUGGAAAGUGUUUUUCAAUGCUUUUUGGUUGCUCUAGACAGAAUAUAAAUCAUAGCUCAGAGAAGUUAAAGGUGAUUUACGUCAAGUUAAUACAAGUGAACUGAAAAAUGGUGGAGCAAAUAGUUCAAGCCUUAAAUUCCUGUUAGAAUGGACUGGGAAUGUGCAUACAUUUUUGUACAAUCUGUGACACUACAUUCCUGGUAGGUGGUCCGUGAAAAGUCCUUAAAAAAUGAUUCCAAUUUUUUCUUUAUGAACAGUGGUAACAUAAAAUGUAAAACGCGUUCAGGUCAUGUGAGUUUGUAUGAUGAACUGUGGGUGGAAGCACAAGAGUGGUCUUAUGGAGAACGCAUUUUCAGUUACUGAGUAUAAGAUUUGUUCUGUUAUUUUAGAUGUCGAAAUCGACGGGGAAUUUCCUCACCCUUCGACAAGCAAUUGACAAGUUCUCCGCUGAUGGUAAGUUAAUAGUUCUUGAAAGAAUGAGCAGUUUUAAAUGAUUUUUAAGUGAUUCUCUGGCCAGUCACAAGCAAGAAAAGACAAUGCAGCGGACCACUCAAGAAGAGAAUGUAGCCGUUUUGAAGCGGAGAAAAACGGUUGCAGUGAGCAAGAAACCUCUGCUUGUUUAUUAGUGGGAUGUUUAGGCCAUCGGUAAUUGUUUUUAACAAGGUCCAGCAGCAUUUUCUUGCUAGUUUUCACAGUGAAUUUGUGGAAUGUUAGUCAGAAUUUAUUGUUUUUGUAAUUUUUCUUUUUUCGGUUCUGUUAGGUAUGCGUUUAGCCCUAGCCGAUGCUGGUGACACUAUGGAAGACGCCAACUUUGUUGAAAAGAUGGCUGAUGCUGGAAUUCUGCGUCUUUUCACCUUCCUUGAAUGGACAAAGGUUAGAAUUAUAAAGGUCCUCGGUUAAUUGGUGAAUACACUAUUUAUUUGUUUUCACUCCGGGGGUUUUACUUCAGCAUUGCGACUUUGCGAAGAGACCUUCGGAUUUAGUACUUGUAGCAGUAAAUGAUCAAGUGCCACAGUUACCGUACGUGUCAUCAUCAAUGUCCCCUCAUCGUAAUCGUCAUCAUCAUCAUAAUCAGGUCCAGUCUUUUUCGGGAAUGUUUGGUGACGACCUUUCAGGAUGGUCGAAGUAACCUGCUCGCGCUCAUUUUAAAUGGCCUUUCCUGUAGACAGGAUGAUCGACCCGAUAAAUCUUAACCAAGCUUCGUGUCCCCAAUUAGUAGAGAGGUAUUACCCUAGGCUAGCUAGUUUGACACAUGAAUAAAGUUUGUGAUUGAUUGACUGAUUGAUCGUUCUCGUUUCACGUUUACUGCGCAACGCAACGCAUUCGCUUUCGUUAUCUUGUACAUUUGACCUAACUUGUACUGCUUUUGUCAAAAACAAGGAGAUGCUUUCUUCCAAAGAUACUCUUCGCACUGGAACAACAGACUGUUUUGAUGAUCGUGUGUUUGAAAGGUGCGUAAGGAAGCAUGCCGUCAUAGCUGAGUAUCUCUUUUCUAUAUUAUAUAAGAGGAUUGGAAAGGAGAAGAUCUUUAAUACAAUAAAAUCGCCGAUCAUUUUGAAUCGUAAUUCUUAAUUAAUGUUGUUGUUGCUCGAAGUGUCUAUGUAUCUAUAAGUAGAAUCUGUUCAUCAGUAGAAGGCCUAAAACGUGUGCAAUUCCACAAUUGGUUUCGGCUCCAUUAAAUCCUACUAAAGCAAUUGUUAACUACUUCCAGUCCUCGGGAACCUUAAUUACUGAGUUUGUUAGCUGUUCUUUUAAUUACUGCCCAUUUAUUUUCUCGGGUUAUCUGAGCUGAGCUUAUUUUGUACCAGAAAACGACAAUGUUUAUCCCAAAGUACCAUAGAACCAUACGAAACCUUCACCUGAGAUUUUUCUCUUUCCUUGUUGAGGGCCCAAACUAUUUUCGUACUAGGACAAACGAUCAAGUGGCUAUUAAUGUUAUAGUUCAUUAAACAGUUGUUUCUGUUUGUUGUAAAGUGCUUCAGGGCGAUUUAACUCCUUUUAAGCUAUUGAUCUUAGUGUCUGGUGUCUGUUUAAAGACUUGAGCCUUUCUGUGUUAUCUCUACAGUUCCAUUAACAAAGCAAUCGAAGAGACAGAUAUCAACUAUAAGAGCAUGAUGUACCGAGAGGCGCUAAAGACAGGCUUCUACGAACUACAGGCCGCCAGGGACCGAUACAGAGAGGGCUGUAUGUCGGGCAUGCAUAAGGAGCUUGUCUUUAGAUUCAUUGAGGUAAGGUCCCCUGCAGUCUUGUGAGAAAUUAUCAAUCUUGGACUUGUCUCAGCCGCUCACGUUCAACGAGGGAGACCGUAUUUCCUAAAUACUCUCGGGAAAUUGAGGUACACUUCGAAUACAUUUCGUGUUGAAAAAACAUUCAGAAAUUACUGUGGAGGCCACAAGUUUGUGGACUUAGCAUAGGUUGCUCAAGAGUACUCCAAUGACUGAGGGGAAGUUGUGAAGAGUCCUUCAGUAAAUAGCUUAGACAUCUGAUUUCGUAAGUUGUCUUGUGUUGAUUUCCUAACCUGUUUUCUCCGUAAAUUUCGGUUAAAGAACGUUUGUAGGCGCAUGCAUACCUUUUUUUUUCUACGAGGACGACCAGGUGCAUGCUUUCAUUGGUAUAUUAGCGUCAUACCUAGGUAUACGUUGUUUCGACAAUCAGACGUCGAAGACGUUUUAACAGAAUUGGGCUCCCUAUUCCUUUUUGAGGACUGUAUCUAGCAGUAACUCUUAAGUUUUUCCUUGUUCCCUUCUGGUUGAUCUCGCCGGAUUGGUUGCAUAUAAUAAUCGCAUUUCAGCCUGUCUCCUGAAGAGCUCUGAAUGGAUACACACCUGAUAGAAAGCGAGAAGUUUGGUAGGACCCUAGUCACUGUAUUAUCAGGAACCAACCCGGGCAAAACCUUGAUAGAUGCAAUACUAACAAGGGUUUCAUAGUUAUCGUCCAUGAUCACAGCGAUCCAUCAUGAUGUUUAGUUUAUUCCUUUCCAAUGCAGUGAGAUCCUUGUUAUGGUAAUUUUAGGUACAAACUCUGUUGCUUUGCCCAAUCUGUCCUCACCUCGCUGAGCACCUUUGGGAGCUUAUCGGAAAGGUACGUCAUAUAAUUUGUCUUCUUGUAUACUUCCUAGCAAUCCUUUGAACUGACAGUUGGAACCAGUGAUUUCUUUUUGUUAAAACAGUUGGUGGACAUGAGCAAAUAGAUAUGGACUUAAAACAGAUUGUACGCUACUUGAAUAGGAAACGGAUUAACACUUCACUAGCCUGUUCCAGGCGUUCUGAUGGUGUUCAGCGGGCGAAAAAUUGAGGACACAAAAAACAAGGGAAGACCCAGUACCCCUCUCUUUUUCCCCUCGUUUUGCCCGUGUACGAUUUAACUCGCUCCCCACCAUCUGAACGCCUGGAACAGGCUAACACUUCACGGACUAUUACGUAAGAAAAUGUGAAUUUUUAAAUGGUGUUCUUCGCAUGGCUUACUGAAGGAGGUAUAGGGAAGAUUCCAAGAGUUGCAGCUCAGAUGACAAACGCUUUUAACGUACGUUGCUGUUUGUUUUAGAGCGGAAGUAUCAUGGACGCGUCGUGGCCGGUAGCAGGCAAGAUUGAUCAGCCAUUAUUGAAGUCAGCUGAUUACUUGGCCGCUCGUGCGCACGAUUUUCGUGUUAGAAUCAAAGCUAUGAUGAACCCCAAAGGAAAGAAGGUAAACACUGUCAACUAUAGUCAUACCGCCAAUCAAUAAUCUAAUAAACCCUUACUGGCGACCCCUCAAGGAAGGUCACGCAACGCUAACACGUGACAAGGGUGAGCAUUGUAAACUAUCAACCUGGUUCCCAGGGUUCUCUCCGACCCGUCACUCCCCAGGGAUGGGUAGGUGAGAACCCUGGGAGCGAAGUUGGUGAACUAUUUUUCAGGAAGUUUUUUGAUUCAUUAAUGUCGGCAAGAAGGUUCAGCUGUCAGUCGAACUGAAAAUCCAGUGGUACUGGUUAUGCUCUGUACUGUGAUCUGCUUUUUGGACGUGGAUCCUCUGAUCAGAUUUCUAAGUAGCAGAGCUCCGAUUUCUCUUCGCACGCGUGAACAAGAGGCAUGAAGUGGUCUUUCUGCAAUACCAAGUGGUCUUUUUCCAGUCAUCAACAAUAACGCACGCAACUCGCAAAUGACAUGCACCUUUUCUAAGACAUUGUCUGAUCAUUUUGAUUCAGGCUAAAUUCUUCCCAGAGAAAAGACAACAAUAAAGUCACAUUGUGGUGGUGAAUUUCUGUCAUGAGUUUUGAUGCAGUUUUUUAUUGCGAAUUUUCCUUCAGAAAGAUGCAUCCCCGCCUGCCAAACCAACCCACGGAAUCAUCUAUGUUGCCAGUUCGUAUCCCCCGUGGCAGCACGCUACACUAAAUACCCUCAAAGAUAUGUACAAUCAAUUAGGUGGGAACUUCCCGGACAACAGGGACAUCAUGAACCGCAUGAAAGAAAUACCGGAAGUCAAAAGUGCCAUGAAGAAGCUCAUGCCGUUUGUACAGCACGUCAAGGUACGGUGAUUGCGGCGAAAAUAAAUGCUUGCUAUAUUUUAAUACAUAAAUUGACAAUAACUACGGUUUCUCUCUGUAUUUUCCCGUUAAAAUUUGCAAAAUAAUACCCAACCCCCGCCUUCAUAAAGAACUUCAAAAGAACGCUUGAAAAAAGCUUGGAGCUGAGAUGUCAAGUUGAACGUUAUCUUACCUUGGUUAGCAGUAUUUUAACACGGUCGAUUUCAUCUUUUGAGUAAUUCGAAUCACCUUUUAUGGCAAACAGCAAACCGCUCGUCAAUUGAUUCCAUGUGACCAAGUUUCCCCUUAACCUGUCGUUUACUGUUAAUUAUAUCUACCAAAGAAAUUGGUAGUUUCACGCCAGUUUCAUCCAUAAGGAUUUUUUAUUUUCUAUUUUUGAGACAUCGUUAACUCGAACUCGUCAGCUGUAUUCGUGCGUUUGGAGACUAAUGGGUCUUCCUCCUGGUUUAGCACGUUUAAUUUAAAACUUCUUCGUUUAUUAUAGGCAUUUGCGUUAUCCUUCGGGUUAUGUUGUGUCAUCCAGCUGAAUUCAUUUUCUCCACAGUAAUGGUGAGGCUAGUUGAUAUGAUGUUGAUGUAUGAUUUUAUUUUUGUCAGGAAUGUGUGGAGCUUGAUGGUCCAUCAGCCCUGGAGACUACUCUACCCUUUGAUGAAAGACAAGUGCUGGAAGAAAACAGGGCUUACCUUUGCAAAGCUUUAGAAGUAUGUGUUGAGUUGGUUAAGGGAUCAUUCUGGUUCAAUCAGUUCUGUUUUUGGUGUUUUUCCAUAAUUUAAAACGUAACGCUUCCCCCACUCCCCAAUAUUCUUUAUUUAAAGGAGCUGUGUCACGAAAUUCAGCCAAAUUAGGAAAUUACAAAACACCCGUUAAAUUAAGAGAAAAAUAAAAAUAACCGCUUAAAACUUUAAAGGAAGGCUGAAAUACCAUAACAGAAACAACAGAUGCCACGGACUGGCAAAACUGAAGAAGAUUGAAACGGAUUGAAAUUAGGGUUUUUGAAAAUUGUUCAGCCUAAAAGUUUUUCAAAGUUGAUCCCUGCUGCUUGCAACUUCAAAAAUAAUGCUCAGGAGACAUAUUUGUUUGUCUCGGAUCUCUGAUUUUGUCAUUUUAUUUUACAUGUAUUACUAAUUUCUUUGCUUACUUUAAGUUCCAUAGUGACUGUGGGCGAGUAAUUGGCAAAAUUAAACAAAAUGAACUGGACUGCCGUGACACAGCCCCUUUAAACCUUUCUUUUAUCAACAAAGAAUUCUCAAAAAUUGAUUGUGCCAAGAACUUAACCUAAUGGAAGCAUUUUCAUAUCGAAUGAAUUCUGGACAAGGAAGCUUCUCUAAUAUAUCUGCAGAAACAAGACAUUUGACCGUAAUAUCCUUUAAGUCUUAAGUAAAAAUUGUGGUACUGUCUAUUAAGUUGUACAUGGUGACAUGGUGUUUGUAACUUUGUUGUCUGUGGAUGAAAUCUUUCAAUGCGAUCUUGGAAUCGAAAGAUAUCGGGCAUUACUUACUGUGGUGCUGUUUAAAAUGCUAUGCGAGGUUGUUUUUACUUUUGAGUCUGGAUGAGUCCUACAUUGUGAUUCAGGUGACAGCUAUUGGGUAGUUACAUUUUCCAAUACAGUACAAUGUUUUGUAUUUCAGUUGGUAAAUGUGACUAUCAAAUCCUCGAGCGAAGCAGACAAGCGAACUCAAGAGGAUUGUGCCCCUGGAAAACCGUUUUCUGUGUUCACAGUCGAAGAUAAUCAGGUUUGUUUACUCUGCAUACAUUUUUAACAAGGGCGAUAGUCCCCGUUUAAAUGGCAACACGAACUUAUUGGCACCAUUUUUAAAACCGUUUCUUACUUUACGAAACAUUUGUGAAGAAACUAGUUGUCUAAGGCGCCCUCGAACUUGGAUACCGGCCCAGAUUUAUUAUUCAUUUUGGAAUCAGUGAAAAAAGAACGAAAUAAUGUAAUAAGUAGCCGCUUAUUAACAAGUACAAACCGUGUAACAGGGUGAUGACUGAUAACCUUAGCUGUAACGUAGCUUAAUUGUUUUACCAAAUCUCUGCCGUUUGACUGCGCUUGACAAAAAAACUCGACAAGACAUUGCCUUGCAUCACAUUGAACGGGAAUAUAAGGACUUGAAUGGAUACUUCACAUGCGGUCGGGUUGCCGAUAAGAAAAAGCGUGGGACAUCAUCUAUGGCGUCUUAAGUUCUCGGGUAAAAUUUUGUUCAACUCCUGUCUUUUUAUUCUCGUUGUAAUUUUUUAGUAUGCUCUUUUUUGACUGUUAAAACUGUGAAGAAAUGGUAAAAUGAUCAACGCAUUCCACAAAAAGUUGCGAUACUAAUCGUGCCCGACAAUGCUUUGUAAAGAACUAAAAAAGCAGAACUUGACCUCACUUCCCGCAACUGUUUUUUCAACCUGUCGAGCAACGAUUUUUCUGCACCAAGGUAAGUUUGAUACUCGAGACAACGUCUAGUGCAUUUUGUUGGGAAAAAUGGAAGUUACGCGAAUCAUUGCACAGUUUAACAUCGAUGUAGAGUAAUUUUAAAACAUUUUUUUCCCGUAGGUAAAUGGUGUCAUGUCCCAUGACAAGUCUCCCCUUCCCUCUGAAAAACAGCCCGUCGCCACCCCAGUUUGUCGGUUUGUAAAUAUCAAGCUCUGCGGAGUGGACCCAGCCCAAGGCGCCAAGGGCCAUGAAGCCACGGUACUGUUGGAGAACCCACAGGGAAAGCAACUGCUUAACCUAGAACAGUUAACACUGGAGGUUAGUUUAUUGUGUUGUUGAGGUUCAUAGUAGCUUUUGAGUUGAGAGACAUCGCAGGUGGCGACUUAUUUUUUUAUGGAAUCUUGUAUUCUGUUUUAAGCUUACCUCAGAUUAUCAGUAUUUAGUAUUUCACUGAUGUUGUAAUCUGGAACUUGAUUUAAGUUUAAACUGUAAAGUGUUGUCGAGGUUCAUAGUAACUUUUGAGUUGAGGGACAGGCAAUGAAAGCCUACGGUGUUUCUUUGGUCUGGAUUAGAGUUAUUUUAAUAACGGUCCAUUUAGUCUGGAUUGGAGUAUGGAAAUCGGCAUAAACAAGAGAUUCCUACCAUGUUCCAUUUUGUCUGUUAAUAGAGACCUUGAUUCCGGAGAAUUGUCUUAUGUAACAUAGCCCGCGAACGCUCGCGCUACAAUUCGCGCUACCAGAAACUACGACGUCCCUGAGCCUCAAAACGAUUUCUGUGACGUAGGAAAUUAUAAGCCAAUCACAGCUUAGCUCUUACUUAGCUCCUACGGAAAUACUUCUGCGUUCCCAGGCUAUAUUAUUUGUUUUAAAGAAACUAAUGACAAACGUAUUUUCAUUUGCACGGAACACAGUUUGCUAUUCCCUAAAAAGAAAUAGAAAUUACUCUUGGAAAUCAUGCAUGGUGCUUGUAGUUAACUAUUAAAAUGAUCUGCAGGGCCCUCUGAUUAAGGCCCGUGGCCACGAAAAGACCGACAGUUAGGACAGUUCCCGUUUGAGGCAAUUUUGAGAAGAAACUGUUCAUUGAUUUCAUGAACAAUCAACUCCCAUUUCGCUUAAAGUAGCCCUUGGUAAAACCGCGCUGCAGCUUGUACAGUUUGGUAGCUAAUUAGAGACUGCACUCUCACUUGUGAAUCGUUUAUUGAAAAAACUGUAAUUAAUAUUAUAUAAUGUUAUGCUACUUCUUUUACUGCUUUUUUAGGUGAAGGCCGUUUUUGGAUUAAGGGGACGAAAACUUGCGCUGUCGGCAUCACCAAAAUGCGAUUCUGGUAAGUACAUGUGUUGGUGUGCUAGCAAUACAGUCGACUGUCUCUUAACGGACACCUCAGUCUGUAAAACGGACACCUAAAGUUUGUUCCUGUCUUUCUUUACUCCCUUUAUUUGACUCUCUAUAAGACGGACAAUUAGUACCGGUCCAAAGGUGUCUGUUUAAGAGAUGAUUGACUGUACCUAACAGCAAAAUUCUUGCAAAUUCCCCGAGAAGUUCGAGUUAGGAGUUGGGUAACAGUAAUCCGCAAUGUAGGCAGUUAAAUGUACUGUAAACUGGCCGAACUAAUAGCCAAACAUGUUCUAACCUUUUUUUGAAUUUUUAUGCUAGCGCUAAUGUUAAAAAAGAGUCGAUAUUGUCCACAGUGAAUUUCUCUGUUCUUCAGUAGAACUAUUGACUAAAAAUCGAGCGAGUUAGUUUUUGCGACUACAGUUGGACCUUCAUUAAGUGGCCACCCUCUGGCUUCCGGCAAGUGGCCGCUCAGAAAAAAAGGGUUGGCAUAAAUUAGCAUAGCAUAAGCAUAAUCGUAGGCAGAAACAUCACUUUAUUUUGAAACCAACACGCGAUGGAAACAGCAUUACUGGUCCGCAAUCGGUCAUCAACUUCUUUGUAAGACUGGAUUUUCCUUCAUCAUAUUCUUGAAAUGGAGCCUAACUAAGUGUUUCAAGCGCUUGAUGGAGAUGACAAUUAACAAUGGGAGAGAACUCUCUUUGGGAAGACCAAAAGGUGGCCGCUUAGUAGACUUUAAGUUCCCAUUCUUUUCUACAAUUAUUUCAGGACUUUGAUUACUGGCCGCUUAAUAGGUGGCCGUUUAGAAAUUGAAGUGCAACUGUAUUUUGCUAAGCAGCGGUCUAAGCAGCGCUGAUGCGGCAUACUAGAAACACCUCGCAGUCCCGCUGGGGUAAGAAAAUGAAAACGUACGUACGAUUUCAGCAUGUUUAUUUUGGCAACCGAAAUUUUAGCUGGAGUGGGAGAGUAUUUGUAGUACAUAGUUAUCACGGACGGAAACAGCGCGUUCAGUUUAGUUUCUUUUUAUUUACAGAACUAACAAAUCAGGACGUCACCAAGUACAGUGGACAGUUUCUUUACGCCUUCGUUCCAAAGAAGUGAACGACUAUUGUGACGAAUAUUUAACUGCUUCUAAAGGAAGCAAAUAGUGAAUUUGAAUGAAACAAUUUCAGCUGAGGAAAUGUAAUCUCCGUCCAGAGGACUACCUUCUGAAUCAGAAUCAAGUUUAAAAUAGACACUUCUGAAAAAAGCCUCCAGCGUGGGGCCCUAAACGAACCCAACAAUCAGAUUCCUGAUUAAUGUUCAUCAAUUCUUCAGGGUUCACACAGUCUUGAAAAGUCAUUGAAUUUUAGCGGAAGUCCUUGAAAAGUCCUUGAAUUUUCUUCAACUUUGAAUGUAGUGGCCUGGAAAUAAUGUUUUGAUACUUUUUGGUUGUCCAAUACAGAAUAUAAAUCAUAGCUCAGAGUUUAAAGGUUAUUUACAUAAAGUAUUCUAUGUUUUAUGCAAUAAUUAACUUCAUUAUAUAAACACCAAUGAAAUACCAAGUGAGCUUUCGCGUGAAAACUUGAUAUCUUUACAUAUGAAAUUCAGAUGUUACCUUCACAUGUGAAAAUAUCACCGUUGCUAUGGCUACAUAAUAAACCGCACCUUUCAGACCAAAAAACUAUUUAAGUAAAAUGGUUUGGCAUUUCAUUGGUGUUUAUAUAAUGAAUAGAACAUUACAUGGUCGCUUGGAGAUACGAAAUUUCUCUCCUCGUGUUGAAAAUAAUAUUUCACUCGUUCGCGCUAUAUUUUUCAACACUCGAAGAGAAAUUUCGUAACUCCGCGCGGCCAUGUAAUAUCCUCUAUAUCAGUUUAGGACAAGUGAACUGAAAAAUGUAGAGAAGUUGGCAACGCAAACAGUUCAAGCCUUUAAGACUUAUUAGAAUAGACUGGAAAUGUGCAUUUUUGCGCAAUCUGUGAAAUUAUAUUCCUGGUAGGUGGUCCUUGAAAAUGUAAUGUGGUCCUUGAAAAGUCCUUUAAAACUGGUUGCAAUUUUUU